CAAUACAGUCGGUAGUUCACUCGUCAGUCAGACGCAAAGUGGUCCGGUUCUUGGUUUUACGAUUAUCGACGCGUUCCGGCCAUCAGCAGAGUAUUGUACCGAGGUAAGGUUUUUAUAGUAUUAUAUAAAUAAUUUUUGUUUUUGAAGUACUUACUUCUAUAAUCGAUAAUACGUCUCGAUUUUGACGAACAAUUAAUAAGUAUUAAACACAUCAUAAUCACCUGCAGCCAGUGGCGCAACUAGUUCAACUAGGGCCCCAGUGUCACUUUCAACGAAGGGGUCCUAAUUUAAUUUUUUUACGCUUAUAUUUAUGAAUAAAAUUUGAGAUAGUCGAUAAUUUGUCGAUUGGAAAAAACGAGGUAAUGUUAACAAAUUUCUAAAUUGUUGUAAAAGAAAUUAAGAAAACCCAAUAAUGAUGGGCAUAACACACAUUUUCAAUUUUUUAUACAUAUUUUUAUAACUCGCCUAAUACUUAGUCUUAUUAAAAAUUUAAAUAGAUUAACCAAAUACAUAUAACCAUAAUAUAUUCAUAUACAACAGUAAUUUAGUUAUUUAGUUAUUUGUAUACAAUACAUUUUACAUAUGUAUUAACUUUUAAAUAAUUAGAUAUUUAUAACUUACCACUUGAGAAAGUUUUUUUUCUGAUUUUGAAAUUUGCAAAUGUAGAAAUAAAUUUACCAAAUCUAGUUUAUUAUCUACAUCUCUUUCUAUAUUUAAAAUAGCAAUAUUAGAAAGGCGAUCCUGACCCAUGUUAAUUAAUUUAAUUUCAAUUUUGAGAAUGACCUUUCUAUUGUUGCUACUGUCAUAGACAGUGAAAUAUAAAUUAUACAUACAGUUAUUACAUUGGAGUAAGUUGUACCGAAAUCAUUUUUAAUUAUAAAUAAAGAUUGUUUGAAUUGUUGUGUUUAAUAAUCCUCUUAAACACAAUAAUUAUCGGGUGAAAUCUGCAAAAAAGUCUAUUAAAGCCUUAGAGAUCUCAUAUUAUCAAACAUUUUAUUUUGAUAAGUAUUAACUCGCGUACUAAUUCGUAAAUACUAAUCAAAUAUAGUUUAAUAAAAAUAAACAUUUUCAAUAAAUAAAACAAUUUCCGUGAGACAAUAAUCCAGGGGUGUUUCCAGACCUUGACUAUGGGAGGUUGAGCAAAAUAAUUAAAUUUAAUAUUAAUGGUUGAUAAGAAAAAAAGAUGGAUAUACUUCGCACGAUGAAUAGGACCACUGUUAUAGAUGAGAAGUUGGGAAGGUAGAAUAUUGAGGAAAAUUUAAUAUAUAUCUGUACCUAAAUAAAUUUAAACAUUUCCAACAAAAAACGAUUCUGAGCAGAGGUCGGUUAAUAGUAUUGUUCAGGGGCAUCUUUAGGUUAGUUACAUGGAGGGAGGGGGCGAACAAUUUUCACUCUUGAGUACCACCACUUUGGUCAACAAAAUUCCAACUUAUAUUAGCUUAGAAGACUGCAGAUAUAUUAUACAAAUGCAGUAAAAUAGUGCAAUUUAAAAGUUAAAUUUAUUUUUUUCACAUUAAAUAAAUAAAAAUAAAAAUAAUGAGAAUGAGAAUAGCAAAAAUAAUAAUAAUAAUAAUAAUAAUUAAUAAAUCUUAAAACCAGUCGAAUCACAGUAUUAUCGUUAAUAUUUUUUUUCAAACAUUUUUUUAAUACACAUUUUUAACUUCUUUUAAUUUUCUCUCUCACUCUCCGAAUUUUUCAUAAAAUGGUAAACAUUAUUUUUAUUGUGCAUCAAAAUUUGUACGAAAACGGUUGUGGUAUUUAAGGAUUUUCACCAGUUAUUUAAUUGGCGAGUGGACGCUUUUCAAUAAUAGAUUACGCCUAAAAACAAAAGAUUAGUUUGACAACACUUUGUGUUUAUCACUCAAUUUUAUUCACUUUUUAUGCUGAAAAAAGAUUAUUUUAGUAUGAUCGAAAAUUAUCUAUAGGUUACAUAGUAGCGUCAAUUUGAUUCGUUCGAUCAAAUUUCUUAUCACCAUACCUUUUGUAGAUGAUUAGAUAUAGUCGUAUUAAAUAUUUUAUCGAAACGAGAUUAAUCAAAUAAUUAUUAAUAAAUUUUACUAUGUCGAAUUUACAUAUACAAUAAGUAUUUUUCUAUGCAUAUAAUAGACGCAAAUGUUUUAAAAUAAUUUGUUUAUUAUAACCAGCAGAAAACGAAUUUGCAAUUAGCAUAUUAAUAAGCACAUUUGCACAUUUUUUACGAGAUAUUAUUAAAAAUCACGAGCAGAAUGUUAAGCUUAAUCGAUUUGCAUUCUGUAGUCACCAGUUAGUCAUAUUUUCUCCCAUCCGGUUUUUUUUUGCAUAUUUUGUCAUUUUUAUUGAAUAUACCCCAACGAGUUGCAAAGUGCUCGGUGUAUAAAAUCCGACCCAUGAUUAUGACAAAUCACCAAUAGCGGUUUUUCUAUUUAUACUGCAGGCGUAAACACGGGUUCUCAUCCUCCGGGCGACCUAUACAAACGUUAUUAAUAUUAUGACAGUGUGUAAAAUAUGUAACUCGUACAUAUAGGUAAAACGCGCAUUUCGUGAGCUUUUCGCUAAACCGGCUAUUACACAUAAUAUGCAGUAAACAGAGUGUACAAUUUUAGUAUGAUAAACGACGCAUACGCAUACAAUUCUAAAAGCUAUUUUGGAAAAUCUCCGCUGAUCGAAUGUAUAAAACGGUUCACGUGCGCGUUUAUAGUUUCACAACGCAGUAUAGGUAUAAUAAUAUUAUCGUUGUAUGAGGGCAAGGAUUCGGUAAAAUUGCCCGAGGAAACAACGGCUAACGAACAAAUAUAUCAUUUUAUGAUAAAGAAUUUUAAAUUGCUUACCUGAACAAGAUACAUUAUACAGAGUGAUCCAUACCGAUUUAUAAAUUGUUCGUUUUCGUUUUCAGAUAUCUCGACAAUUAUACAGUACUAUUUAUUAUUUUAAUUUCUAUUGAAACCUAAAAAGUAGAGAAUUACUCACUAAAUUACGUAGUAGGUACAGUUUGUUUUUAGUGACUUCAUAUAGUUUAGUAACUUAAUCAUUUGUAACUACCUAUUUAUAUAGUUAUAAUUUAAUUUAGGAACUGAAACACUCUGUACACAGAUACUAAAAAUAAUAACAAUAAUAUUACCUAUAGUUACUAUUUAUAAGGCUUUUAUUUAACCAUUAGUUCAUAUCAAUUUUUUAAAUAUUAUUUCUUAUACUAUUUUACAAAUAUUUUUAAUCAUUGAACAUUUUAUCGAUAGAUUCGCCGUAUUAUAUGCGCGCAAUCAACUGCGUUAGCCUUGAUGAUUGUUAUGUACCUACCAAAAAUAGAGUAGACAUAAAUAUAUUAUAUGCAUAAACUUUAGUAAAAAAUCAUUUUUUUUAGUGAGUUUUUCAUUUUUUUUUUUUCGGUGAUAAUUAGUGUGCCGGACGAACCGUGCAAGGUCGUGCCCGACUUUAUCGAUUGUGCGCGCUCGAAAUUUACGCGACUGCGAGGCAUCACUAGAAUUCAGAGAGGGCGUUUGACGCGACUACGUGAUCAAAAUUCCGUAUUUCGAUAUUAUUAUUUGGGUUUUAUUUGUACUCGGGAGGAAGACAAAAAUAAAAAUAAAAACCGUAAACUUACACGGGCUACAUAGCUCGAGCGAAUAUUACGAAAUUAUUUUAUACAUACCGAUAUAGGUACCUUCUACGUGAUGAAUAAUACGUCUAUAGUAAGUAGAAAGACAAGACAGACAGAUAAAAUAAAAAUACAGGUAGAUAAGAAGACAAAACAAAUAUAAAUCUAAUAUAAUAUAGUGUUUUCCUCCAUAAAAAAUAAAGAAUAUAUAUAUAUAUUAUACAUAAAUGUUAGUGUUUGACACUAAACCUUAGAAAUAAUAGUGAAGGAAGGGUAAUACAAUAGUCGGUCUGUUAACUUAUGCUAAUGAUAUAUUGCUUCUUGCAGAAAAUGAAGAGAUAACAUAGAUAAAGUCUAAUAAAGGCAGAGAAGUAAAUUGAGUUAAAAAUAAACAAGAGGAAACAGAAUAUAUGAUUAUUCAAUGACUAUUUAAAGCAGAUGAUGCGCACAAAAUUUGAAAGUUAGCUAGUACUUAUAUAAACUAUAAAUUUAAUAAUACAGGAAUUCAUAUACCUAGAAUUGCGUAUUAUAUAGAAAAACGAGAUUUAGAUUGAAAUAUGAGUAAGGACACAAGAAAUAAAGAUAUGUUAUUAGGAACUAAACAAGACACUAAGGUCAAAAAUGCUAUCUAAAAGUCUGAAUCUGAAGAUCCAACUCGAUCAAAUCCUAUUACGGUCUAUGGAGGACUCAAAUAAACAAUUGAUGAAAUAAAGGAAAAUAAUCUACUAAUACUAGGGAUAAGAAUUUUGAAAAAAAAUAUUUUUUUCCUUACUUGGACAUUAACACCAAAAAAUAAAGAAUAUGAAACACCAUAGAAAUUAAGGAACAACUAUUAAGGAUAUUGAUUCUAGCAUACAGUGAGUGAAAUUAAAAAAAAUUUAGGCUGGCCAUGUCUGGCGUAAUCAAUGUUAAAUCCAGAUAUACUUCAAAUGGCCAAAUACCACCCUUGGAAUGUCAUUCACCCUCCCUGACAAGUAAAAUUGUUAACAAAUUGUAUUUAUUAAAUAUCCGUUAAAUUUUACAUAGAAAUGACCAGAGCUCAGAUUUUAUAACACUGAAAAUAACUGAAAUAUGCGCUAUAAAUAAUAAUAUGACCUAAAAAUCCUUAAAAUAAGCACUACAAUAUGCCAUAAAACAUAAAAAAAAAUAGCAAGAAAGAAAAUUCAUAUGCAUUUUUUUUUCUGUUAACAAUUUUAUAUAAAUUGAACACAUACAACAGAAUAUAUUUCAGGAAAAAAAAAUAAAAUACUAUCAAUAAGAAGUUUUAAAUGUGCCUAUACGGUUUGGUAAACCAGUAGUACGCUGGGCUACUAGAAAAAAAUAAUUAAGUAGUAAUACAUAGCAUCAAAACUUGAAAAAUAGCACUAAACAUCAAAAAUAUUUGAAAUACGCAAAAAAAAGCAAUAUAAAGUUUCAUAUUUGGAAUUCCUGGUAUUUUCUAGGAUUCCUACAAUUUUUCAAAAAAAAAUAAAUAUAUAAAAUAAUAACAUUAUGCAACGACGUAUCAAAUGAAUAAUAAUUAAAAAGAAAUGCGUUUUUUUAAUUAUUACUCCAGACUUUCAAAGUAGAUAUUAGCUAUUCUAGAAAUGUUGAUUUUUUUCUCUUCGGGCGCACGGAUUUUCAAACGAAAAUUAUAAACCUCGUAUGCGGUAGAUGAAUAACGAUUUGUUUUGAGGACCUGAGUACAGGAUUUUACAAAGGAUAGGAUGGAAUUUUAAAUAUACGUUCAGAAACCCGAACAUCCUUCCGUCAAGGGUAAAAAACAGUAUUAAAUAUAUAUAUAUAUAUACAACAUAUUAGGUUUAAGUAUAACAUACCUAAGCCGUAAUAGCUAUAAUUAUUUAGUAUAGUCCAUAUAUUAGGGAUUUACCUUUAAAUUCUACAUUCCCGUAAAUAGGCCUAAAAAUGCAGCAGUUAAAAACUACCUCUCGUAUUUAUGGGUUUUCAUAUAAGCAAUUAUCUCGACAUUUAUGGAAAAAAACCAUUUUAUCAACUCAAAAAUGUUCAAUUUCACUUAAAAAUACACUUACGAAUAAUUCCGUAUCAUUAUCACAAGUAUUUGUUGUGUUAUAAUAAAAUGAACAAAAAUGUUUGCAAAAAACCGUUUCGCGAGGGUAAAAACUACUUGGGUAAAUAUAGGAUAACUAAAGAAUUUUUUUUUUUAACCAUAUUAGAGACAUAGUUAAAAAAUUUAAUUUCCACCAAAAAAACAAAGCAAACUUCAACUGUGAAAUUUCGGUUUAAAUUUUUCGAUAUCACUGUUACAAAAUAAAUUAUUCGAGUUUGAAAAACUUAGAUAAUUAAAUUUUCAAACAAUGCAUUUAAAAAAAGUUAUGACUUUCUUUAUAUUUUUAGUAUAAAAUAAAAUAAAACCAACGGUGCACAUUAGAAGUAUUCCUUUUGUUAGGUUGUAUUUUUUGACGAAAUCUAUAGCCCGAAUAGUACUUUUUUUGGGCAAAGAUGUUUUUACAAUCGAAUCAUGGGUGGUAACAAACCUUAUCGUAUUAGAUAUAAUUAUCAUCGACUAUACUUGGUGAUUUUUGAUGAUCAAAAAUGGUUUAACCAAGUAGUGAACAAAAAGCGACGGUGGAGGAGGAGAAAAUCAAUUUUAAAACAAAAAUCGAGUAUAUUAUACUGUUAGCGAAAUCUGGACCAAAAUAUAAAUACUGCGGUGGCUGCGUUUUUUGCAAGCAUAUUAUAAUAUUGCAAUAUAGUAAAGGAAUCCCUGAAGCAUUAUUUGUUCCGUCCCUUUACUAUAUCUCGUCUGGGGUUUAGAGGAUUUCGAACGUACGGUCCCCCGAAUUUAUAUUAGGUAUAAGCCACGAGGGAAUACACUAUCAUUAUUAUAACUGUAUGACGACGAUACGAAGAACUUCAGCGGGCGCGUGACAUUUCGGUUGUCGUUUUGAAUUUAUUUUCUAUAAUAUAUUACAGUGUUUCCGAUGUGAAAAUACAACCAUUAACCACCAGUACGUAUAAAAAUCGUUAACUAGCUAUUAAUCAAUCUUGCAAAUAAACAAGGUUAUGGUUGUUCAGGUCGUUUAAUUUUCCCUUUGUACUUAAAUUAACCCAUCAAAAAUCAACAAAAAAGAAACCUAUGUAAAAUAGUUAUAAGUAGGGUGCUAAUUUAUACGUAUUUAAAAUUCAAAAAGAUGUAUGACAUGUAUGUGUAUUUAUUUUCACACGUAGAUGGGUCACUGUUGUAGAUGAGAAACUAAAAGGUAGAGGGGAAAUUGAAUGUAUAUAUGUACGCAACGAUUAACCGUUGCUAACGAAAAACGAUUCUGAGCGGAAUUCAGUUCAUAGUGUUGCUUUGUCAACAAUAUAUAAUGUGUCAUAUUAUAGUAAAAUAAUUACAUAUGCAUUAUAUAUUUUUUUUUUUUAAUAAUAUUUAUUAAUAUUGUACUUAUUUUCCCGUUUUCCUCCUUUUUCCUGGUUUUUUUCCAUUUGUUGGGAAAACUCCUAGGAAAAUCAAAAUAUGACCUCUCUAAAGUACCACCCCAGUUAGAUAUCCUUUCAGAAAAAAAUUCAUCAUUGUAAAUCGGAGCAAAAUCGCGUGUAGAAAAGUUGUUCACAGAUAAAAAUAAAAAAUAAAAAUAAUAUAUUCCUCGCUUUGCUCAGAAUCUAAAAUAGGUACACACAAACAUACAUAGAAGUAUAAAAUUAAUAGGUAAUACAAAAUAAUAUACAGCAGAUUAUUAUAAUUAAAUUAUACAUUCAAAUUACACAUAUUUAUUCAUUUGAGUAUAGGAUCAUCGUCGUCAACAAAACAAUGAGCAAUCAUGUACUUUUUGUGUUUUCAAAAAUUAAUUGAAAUCGAUCGGAAUACGUUUUUGUAGCAAUUAAAUGGCCUUUUUACUUCUAUAGAAAUUAUAGGAGCAAAUUUAAAAGUUCUUAAUUCAUUAAUACUGAACUCAAAACAAGUUUAUGGAUUCUUGUCGUUGUGAAUGUUUGCAAUAGUUUCAAUUGUCUUUAAACCGAGGUAUUUACUUAGUACUUUUUCAACUUUUUUCUUGGUUUUUUUGUCGUGGGUUCUUUAAAUUAAUUUACCGUAUCAUAGAUAUACCCAGGCUAAUAACCUACAGGUACACGUUUUAAGAUUCAAGAUUCGUAAUAGAAUUGGUAAGGAAUGUAGUAUUGGAGGAUAUGUACACUAAAUUAUUUAUUAAAAAUUUAGCAUUUUCUAUUGACAUGGGGUUUAUUUCAAGUUUUUAAAUCGAAUCUUCAAUGACACUAAAAUGUUUGCAGUACAAAGAAGCAAAUAAUACAUAAUAUAAAACAGAGAUACACCAUUAAUUUUUUUAAAAUUGCUGUAUUUAACAAAACAUGUAAAUAUAUGUAAGUACAAAUAUAUAAUAGGGCUGGAAGUGGUUAAAGCUACUAAAAAAAGAGAUUUAAUGAAUUUAAUUUAAAUGUAAUCAUAAAAGUGACUAAAAAGUAAUCUAUAGUAUGUUACCUAACAGUAUAAUGUUAAACAGCACUAAAUUUUUAAUUUUUUUCUAUCUCAAGUUUUUCAAUGCCAAAAGAAACCACAAUUAACAUUAGGCCAUCAUGCUUUUUAUUUCUAAUUUUGUAUUGUGAAUCAGUUGUGUCCCACAAUAACCUUCAAUCACGUAUAUAAUCACAAUACAUUUCAAUAAAAGAUACAGUUUAGUGCAUUUUGUAACCGUCCAUUUCGAGAUUUUCGUACCGUUAUAAACAUGGUCAGUUACACGUACCGGUUUAUUCUUAUUUUCGUAUCCAUCUCGGUGAUAUUUUAAUUUGUUUAAGAUAAUAAUCAGUAAUCCUGUAGCAUUAAAAUAAUGACGAAUUUUUAUUUUGGAAUAGAACAAAAUUACAAACGCACUUAUUUAUGAACAUGUAGGGACUACCAAAUAAUAACAAAUAAUUCUCAUUUAGACAAACAUGAAUAUUAAGUGAUUUGAGUGACUUAUUUUCAAAAUAAGUGAUUAAAAAUGACUCAAUUCAAAAAGAGUGACUUUUAGUAAAAGAAAAUUGUUGUGAUAUUAACCGUAAUUUAAAAUAAUUCGAUUAUUAUUAUAUUCACGACAAAUAUGUAAAUAUUUAUGAAUCCGCACCCUAGUAACACACAACAUAAAAAACCUGAACUUUCAAAUAACCAUAAAUUACUAAAAAAUAAAUAUUUUAACGUUUAACAUUAGCACUGGGUAAAAAUUACAAGUUUAAUGAAACUUGAUUAACGAAUCACGAAAAAUCCAAGAAAAUUAAAAAACCUACUUCCCCCUCAACAAACAAACUAUGUAUGAGAUUUUUAAUCUGGUUGCUCUAAUCGAAAACUUGUUCGGAUAGGAAAAAAACGUAACACGUAUUAUUGGGAAAUAAAAAUAUUGUAAAUCUAUGCAUGAUAGUGCGAGUGGGUAAUUUUAAGCGGAAUAUAAAACUGCGACGAAACAAUCCGUUGGGAAAACGAGGUACUCGCGCGUCAAAUGGUUUUUUUCACAAGGAUUUUCCUAACACUUUACCUAACCUAACACGCGUGCAGAACGGGUCCGUGCGAAAAAUACGAAUUGCCCUUUUAAAGAGUAAAACAAAAAAAAAAAAUACUAUAGCAAUUUAAAUUAUAUAUAAUAUAUUGUACGUGCCAAAGUUUUAACAAUAAUUUUUAAAUUGUAUACAAAAUAAAUAUACAUAAAACUAUAGUGAAAACCAACUUAGGUACACGUAGUUUAUUAAUACGAGACGUGCAUUUUAAAUACGCUUUUUUAGGGGAGAAAAAAAACGUUCGUCAAAACUUCAUUAUAAAGAACGUUAAAAACUCGACCAAGAAAAUACUCGCGACCUAUUUCUAUAGAAAUUACGAUAAUAUGAUCCAGAAUAGACGUUAAAACAUGGACAGUUUAAUUUUUACGGGUCACGAAGUUCGAUAUGAAAACCGAAAUGACGUAUGUUAUCACACAACAUUUAAUAGCUCCAGUACCCCAUGCAGAACAAACUUUAUGUAAAUUACAAUAUAUUGUUAACGCGACGAAUUCGCAGUAAAAACCGAGUAAUAUUUUGGUUCUGAGCGAAGAGUGUAUUGGUUUUACAACGAUAUUUAUUUUAUUAUUAUUUUUAUUUUUUAUUUUCAUAUUGUAUACAAAAAUUCUACCAGAAAUCUCGCUCCGAUGUAUCAAGUGUUUUUUUUUUCAAUUUUUCUGAAAGAAAAUUUUAUCUAGUAUUGGUACAUGAAUAAAAUCAUUUUUGAUUUUCUAAACGGUUUUCAUAAUAAUUGAGAAAACCGGGAAAAUACAGGAAAAUUUACGAAAAUAAUACUUUUUUCAAUUUUUUUUUUUUUUUUUUGUAAUUUAUUUUAAAAUAUUCGUAAAAACAUUCGACCCAUUUUUGAGCUAUUUAAAGACAUUUUAAUUUAGCAAAUUAUUUUUAAUUUUUUUUCGGUAAAUAUUCUGCGAAUAAAAUUUUUAGAUCAAAUAGAAAUGCUUGAAACUUUAACAGGAGGCUCUUUAUAAGUUGUAUUUAGUAGUGAACAAGAAAAAAUUUGAGUUUAAUGCAGUAUUUUUUUUUUUAUAUAAAACUUUUAAUAUCAAAUUUUGAUAAAAACCGUAAAUAUUAAUAAUAUAAAAAUUUGACCAUAAACCUUUCUCAGAUAUAUAUGCGCGGUAUCAUUUCUGAAAGGGAAUGUAGUCCAAAUGGUACUUUUGGGAGGUCAUUUUUUGAUUUUCCAGGCGGUUUUCAUAAUAUCUGAGAAAAACCAGGAUAAAACGUAAGAAAAACGAGAAAUGUACGAUAUUAAUGCUUUUAUUAUUUUAUCAAUUUUGAUAUUUGUUGUAAUUCGGUUAAAAAUAUUCGUAGAGACUUGAAAUUUGAACAGAAAACAUUUUUUUUCCGUAUACAACUUUUCUACCAGCAAUUUUGUUCCGAUUUACGAUGAUAAUACUUUUUCUGAAAAUAAAUCUGAUUGGGCAAGUACUUUAAGGAGGUCAUUUUUCGAUUUAUCCAAGUUUUUUCCUAGCAAAUGUGAUGAUCCAGGAAAAAACAUGGGAAAACCGGUAAAAACGCAGAAAAAAUGGGAAAAUCGAUACAAUAUUAAACAAAAUAUAUAAUGCCUUUUUAAUUAUUUUACCAUAGUAUGACAUAUAUAUAUAUAUAUUGUUGACAAAGCAACACUAUCAACUGAACUGUGCUCAGAAUCGUUUUUUCCUAAGCAAUGGUUUAUCGUUGGUUACAGAUAUACGUUAAAUUACCUAUAACAGUGGCUGCAUACGCUCCAUUAUCCUAGGACGUCUUUUUUUUUCUUUCUUUAUAAACAGUUUAAAUACCACAAGUUUUCUCGUGACUUGUCUGUGUUAUUCGCACAGACUCCGCAAGUGUACUAAAAUCGAUAGUCAUACACACUAGUUUUAUAUAUAUAUAUAUAUGUAUGGUAAGUAAUACAGGGUGCUCGAGCUACAGAGACGUACUGAAUUAAUACUUGCAGUUACGUUCCUAUAUUAAAAUAAAAAAUAAAAAUUAUAAAAUAAUACUAAAAUCAUAUCGUAUUCCUGGGAAUUAGUCCGUUUGUGUCCUGCAGUUAGUUUUACACAUUAAGUAGGUAAAUACCUAACACAGCUCGUUUAAUGUACCUAAUCAAGAGUUGGAUAAACCCCUUUUCUCCUUUAAAAGUCAGUUGGAUUAUAAGUUUCGGAAAAACUUGAAUCUAAUUAUUGAGUAACCGCAAUGUAUACACAAAACUAUAUUAUGACAAACGUGACAACGGCUAAUGAUUUAGACGUCAGAAAGUGAAGUAUAUACCAUAUUAAUCCGCUGAACAAAUUAUUAACUUAAACUUUUAAAACAAGUAAAAUAACUGUUUCGUAUUUAAGAGCUUAAUUCUGGAAAUCUUCGCUUAUAACACACACAAAAUUCAAGUUUUUCGCCGUCGAAAAGGAGCGUCAGCCGAUUGCCUAUAAUAAAAUACUGUAAACUACUAAUAAAAUGUCGGUUAGUUUUUAAAAUGCAUUAUAAUGCACAUGUUUGAUAAAAAUAUGUCGUGAAGUCGAUGGGCUUGAUUAUAAAUACAAAAACAAUUUCAAUAUAAUAAUAUGCAAGUAGUAAUUAAUAUACGAUUACGUCAAUGGGUUUUUCUUUUCAGAUAUGGGCGGUACGUACUCGACCGGAGGCGUGUUCGUGGUCAAGGAGAAGGAAAAGGGAUCGUCGUCAAAUAACAAUAAGCAGCGUCGACGACGUAAAAACAACGAAAAUUUGAAGAAACCAGGCCAAGACGAACGAUUUGAGUGAGUAAACCUCUAACGUACACUUACUUAAAAAAACGCGGUAUUAUUUUUUAGUCUUAGAACUUUAGAACUUUUUAGUCAAGAAAAGAAAAACAAAAAAAAAAAUCAACUAACCACAUUUGUCCCUUUUUCUUGUCUCAAAAUACCGUACAAAUAACGGGGAUGUAGCGAGGCAUAUGUAAUAUGUUUUACCCACAUCAGCAUCUAUUGUGCUCGUAUAUUUAUGUUUAUCUUACAUUGAGUGUUAACACAGCUCAUCUAACAUUUGUUCAGAUAAACCGUUAUAUUAAUUAUCACCACUAUAGAGUACGCAUUUAAAUAGUCUACAGAACUGUGAAAAAAUGCACUUUAAAACAAUGACGACAUUUUUAUAAAAUCAAUAAAAAAUUCCAGACCUACUUGGUACUAUACGGCCUUGUAGUAUUAGAAUGUUGGUAAGCUGGUAAGUUGGAGUAAUUUAUUUUUUAUAAUAUACUGAAAGUGUUAUAACGAUAAAUCAUUGCCACAUUGACAGCAGUUUAAGUAAAUUUUUUACAUAGUAUAAAUCAAAAGGAAACUUUGAAAAAAAAAUAUAUGCAUACACAAACUCCCAAAGCCAAACGUGAUAGCGCCAUAUCGUAUAUAUAAAUUUAAAUUUGAAAGUCCGUCCACCUUAAGUUAAAAAUUGUAGAUAUCUGCUUGCCGUAUAGAUUUUGUACAAAACAAAUAUUAUUAGGAUACGAAUUAACAAUAUUCCUGUUGUUUUGUAAUUUUUUAUCAACAGAAUAGUAGACAUUUUAAAAAAAAUACCUCACCAACUAACUUUUCUAAUAGCGUACCUAUACUGUUUGGAACACAUUAUACCUAUAUGGGAAAUAAUAAACGAGUAUCAUUUUUUUAUUAUUAUUUUUUUAGUCAUUAAAACGAGACGACUAAGCGAGCGUGUAUUAUAAAAAGAAGACGACGUAUAGGUAAAUAAUUGUGUAACAAAAUGAUGAGACUCGAUGGAAUAGGAAUAGGUGAAACGAGAGAGAAAAUGACGUGUGUCCUCGUUAACUGCAGAGCGCGUCGUCCUAAAAUUAUCAGCGAGUUUUGCUUGUAGGCCAGUGCUAUAAACGCCCAUUAUCAAUCGCAAAAUAUACUUUACACAAUAAAAUAAUACACCAGUAGGUACAAUAUUAAAAAAGAAAAUAAUUUAAAACACGACUUAGUGGCCGGCCAUCACUAUUCGAUUGUUUUUCAUUUGUCAGCAUGUGAUUACAAUAAUACAAAUUAUUAUGUACAUUAAUGGAGUGUACAUAUACUACGUAUACUACUUAUAGAUACCUAACCGUAGUGAAAGGUCGUGAACUUUGUAACGCAACAUUCUAAACGUCCAAAUGGACCGAAUAAAGUUGUCGGUAUAUAUGUCUAGUAGUUUAUUUUUUUUUUUUACUCAAUAUUUUCGAAUACCAGCUACAAUUUAUUUUUAAAUAAUUCUACAAUAUUAUUUAAAGUACACCUUUUCUUUUUUUUUUUUUUUUUUUAUGGUAAAUAAUCUAGUGAAAUUAUUAUUUUUAACUCAAUAAAUUCGUGAUACGACAUGAAUUUAAAAAUUUCCCUACAGUAAUAAAAAUAAAAAAAAUACUAUUUGAAAGUUGUCGCAAUAUUUAACUAUAUACAUAAUAUAGAGUACAAUAUAAGUUUAUUUCAAAAUAAAAAUUCUAACAAACUUUUUGUUUAUAAACCGCAAACAAAAUUUUUGGAAUGUGUCAACUGUGAAGUUCACGGGGGUAUAUGAGGUCAUGUUUAAAUAUAUGAUAAUUUAUACUAUAUUUUUUUUAUAAAACACGAUUAGCAAUGACGUAUAAAGACGAAAAAUGACAACAGACACAGGAAUCGAUUGAUUUAUUAUUUACACUAUAUCGAAAUAAAAUAAUUACAGUUUUAAAACGUCCGAAAGUCGUCGUCGUCGGCGAAGGCAACGAUUAUACCACAAAGCGAUCAAUGGCUUUUUUUGUCAAUAUAAUAUAAAAGAUACAUUUUCACAUACAAUAUAAUAAUGCUAUAUAUCUACCACGUUUAUAUGCAAUCGUUAAUACGGAUUAAUUCAAUACGCAUUGAAUAAUCUUAGUACGUAUUAGUGUACGGGUUCAUAUACAUUUCAAAUAUUACGAUUUAACUAAUAAAAAUAUCUAAUAAUAAUGGUAUAAAAUAUAUGAAUAAUAUAUAAUAUACAAUUUGAUAUUUAAUUACACCUAAAAAUAUUAGUAACCGUUUAUAUUAAUUUCUGUUAAUAUUAUUUUUAAGUUAUAUUAUAUAUAUAUAUUUGAUUUUAGUUAUUUUACCUAACCUAAACUAACCAUCAUUAUGAACGCAUGUCAUUAAUUAUAGACCUACUAUAAAAUGAUUAACAGGACUUAUUCCGUUUAAAUUAAAUAAAUAAAUACCAGAAUAAACUUUGUACAACUAAGCAUUAAGGUAAUGAGUACUUAACGUACGUUUAUAAACAAAUUUAACUAAAUACGAAUUCGGUUAAUGCACACUAGUGUAGGACUCCGUAUAAAAGUGGUAAUAGUAAACGAGUAUAAAUUAUUUUACCAAAAAAAAAAAAAAAAAAACAAACCGUUUUAAUAUGAAGCGGUCUAACGUUUUUUAUUCUGUGUACACAAUUGUUGUUCACAAUAUGUAGCGCACAAAGAUGUAAAACUUGACUAUAAUAUUGUUUUUGAUGAAUCAUUAUAUAAUAUCGUAUUAUAAAUAAUAUGUACCAUUGUAAAAACAUAAUUUAUUCGGUACAACAAAAAAGUCGAAAUGUUCAAAAAACCCAACAAUAUAUUGUUAAACAUUCGAGUGUAAUAUAAAAGUUUUUUUUUUUGAAAAUCACUAUCGUAUUCUUUUAUAUUUAUUAUACAAGCGUAACUUAAUAACCCCUCACCGUUAUUGUCGGAGAAUUGAUUUAUUAUUAUUAGAAAAUAUAAAAUGUGCCAAAAAUCGAAAACAUAAAUUAAGCGAGAUUUGUAUGGAAAAUUGUUGAAUGCGUGCAGUUGUAGUGUUUUUCGGACUGCGCUUUGAAAUAUUAUUUUCAUAUACAGGUAUAACGCAAACACGCCGCCGCUGCAUUUCUACUCGUAUUCUUGGCUAAUAUGUAACAAAUAAUAAGGCAAAUGACGUUGUUAUUUGCAGCGCAACUGUGUGUACUUACAUAUCCGACAAGAGCAAAAAAAAAACGUUUCCCGCAAACGAAGAAAUAUUCCCCGAUCACAAAAACACGUGCAAUCAUAAUAAUUUAGCCUUCCCGUAAACACGCCAAAAACACAUUUCGUUGCAUAGUCUGAUAAAUAUGCUGCAACAGCAGCAACAACAUAAUUGGACAACUAAUUAAAAAAACGUUUAAUUGGACGGUAAAUUUAUAAGAGCAAGAGCAAGAGAGAGAAAGAAACAGAAAUAAGAAAAGGGAAAAGUUAAUAACGUUCGCGAGGCGGUUUUCGGAAAAAUUUACAUAAUUCAGAAAUUUGAUAGACUCGUUUAUCAUUUUUUAUAACGCUAGUUAUACACCUAUAAAGCUCGUUAUUUUUUAACAUUUUUAUAAUAUUAUAAUAUUUAUUAAAAUCAUCGCAGAAAAUCUUAUACAUUUUAUUUUAGUUUAAAAUACAGAGUAAUAAGAGAGAUAAUAUAAGAGAUCAGAAUCUUAAAAAUCAUAAUUUUUUUCUUCGAAUCUAUGAAUUAGUUAAACAAUUAAUGUUUUUCUCCACUCGUCUUUGUCACAUAUAGUUAUUUUAAACUGUGAAUAAUAUGUUUUUAUUCUUGUCUUUCCUCACGGGCUUCAGAUCGUCAUCGUCGUCCUUGGUCUUUACCUUCCUACAUUUCUAUCAAUUUUACCUUCUUCCUUUAUUGUUCUCGUUGUCCAAGCGUUAUUGCUUACCAAUCCACUUCUUUCUCCUUUUCCUAAACGUUUUCUAUACAUUUAUUUCAGCUUGUUUUAUUUACAAAAAUCUUCCUCCUUCAUUAUUCGUUCUGUUCAUGAGAUUCUCAGAGCUCUAUUCCAACACCACAUUUUAAAGGCUUCAGUUUUGGCUUUCUCGGUUUGUCCACGGUUAGCAACUUCGUUGCGAUGAAAUACUCCACACCAAGAUAUUAAAGAGAGGUGUCUAAACUUAUCACCUGAAUAGUGAAGAGAUUUUUAUUUUUAUAGAAAACCCUAUAUUAAUUUGCAUAUGGUAUCAUUUAAUUGUGUCGUUCAUUUCUUCUAGCAUAUUGUAGUUCAGGGUUUCUGACCUCCUGGUAUCGAUUUCCGAUUUAAAUGGACAUAUGUAUCAAUAGAUUCCGCUCGUACAACGGUAUACAGCACUAUUUAUGAAAAAGGGAAACUUGUUGAGAUUUUUCAAUAUUUCGUCAUAUUGCAUAUAUGAUAUUAUAGGUACAUAUGUUUUCAUACACGUCACGAUAGUCCGAUAGGUCGCCGUCACAGAAACACGAUAAUGUAUUAGGUAGGCUUUUUUUUUAGCGAUGUUUGCGGAAACCGUCUCUGGAGCGUGAUGAAUAAAUUUCGAUGUACGGGACACGGCGGCAUAGUAUUAUAAUAACCAAUUGUGUUUGAAAUUUGAAUAAACGGCGCACUUCCUAUUUAAUAAUACGAAUGUAUAUAUUAUUACAUUGUACCUACCGGACAUUUUCAGAUACCGAAAGAGCAAUAAUAACGAAUGUAAAAACAAAAAAACAACGAGCAAAAACCUAAUUAAACACGAAUUGCGUUGUUUCAAGUAGGCACCACGCAUAUCAUCGAGAAUUUUCGGCAAUAUCCGUACAAGAGCAAGGACAACAAACUUCGGUAAUAAUAAACCGUCCGAAUCGUAUCCCUGCGGGCAUAUUGCACGUAUAUCAUAAAAUAGCUAGGUGUGUAUACAUAUAUAGUAUAUAAUAUACAGUAAUAGCAAUUAUGUGAGUGUGAUAACGGCGGCUGCUUUGAACGGUUACCCAGAUUAUGACGAUAGUAAUAAUAAUAAUCUGUAUACACGAUUAUAAACGCAAAAGAUAAUGCGAGACUAUACGUUAAAUCGGAUCCCCCGACGGAUUUCGGGAGUUUCCUGAAUGGAAUCUGCAGGGAAUGUAAUAAACAUACCGUAUACUAUAUUAUUUUAUAGCACACUCCGGAACGCGUCGCCCGCGAAUUCAAAUUUUGCAAAAUCCAAGCCAAAUUUUCGAUAUUCCGUGAUAUUUCAACACGUGAACUCAUUCCUCUCCCACCCCCUCAUCCACGUAUAUGGAAAUAUCGAUCAAUUGUAAUGUAAAGUUAACUCUGAAAACGAUGUGAAUGAUACGAUCGGUGGAACGAAAUUUGUUUUUAGAUUAUCAUCGGUUUGAUUGUUACAUAUUAGAUUCUGAGUGUUCAACGAAAAAGCUAUAUACAGUUUUACUAAUAAGUUUUUUUUUCUCGUAAAAAACUUUUUUCUAUUUUUAAAAAUGAAUUGAUUUUUUCACGCAGCAUCUUUUACGAUGCGGAUUUUUUGCCCGCUGAUACUUUAUUAGAACAAUUUUUCUAGAUUUCCAGUAAUUUUCCCAAAUAAUCAACUGACAACAAACGACGGUAUGCGUCGGUUUUUACCACGUGAACAAUUAUAUGUUUAGAUUUAAUAAUAAUUGGAUUUAUCUGCCGUGGGCAUUAAAAUCCGAGCCCUCCGUAUUUUGGCAUUUUGAAUUCCGAUUUUUUAAACGAUGAUGAUUAUUACACUUAAACAACACAAUAAUAAUUAAGUAUUCUGGUGGGCCAUCAAUAUACUCAUAUCGUCAUACGAAUGAUAAAUAAAAAAUAUUACUAUGUUAUUAAUGGUCUGUGGCGACGAUGUUUUAUCCCUUCCUAGAUUAUUUCUUCCUUCGCGUACCACAACGUGCAACGUCGUCAUAUUUAUUAAUCUGCGAAUAAUAUAAUAUGAAAUACUGUAUUAUACAGUAUUAUAAUGUACAGUCCGUAAAUAAUGAAACUAAGCAAAUAUUUAUUACAAUGCACUACAGUACAAAAAAAAAUAAUAAUAAAACCUCUAUAAUUUAAAUGCACAAGACAGCCGGUGGUGCUCUUAAGCGUUUACAGUUAUUAUACAGGGUGUGUGGCUAUUUGUAAUCACAAGCUAACAAACAUUGAGCACAUUUUCAGCAUUUAUUUUGUUAUUUGUAUCCUCAAUAUUUUUAGAAAAAUACAUAUUAUUAUUUCUUCGAAUACGAAUAUAAAAAAGUAUAAAUAAAUAUAAAAAAAGUAUGGUAUAUGAAAAUCAAAAGUUAAUACAAGUCAUAAACACAUCAAAUACUAUUAUAUUGUAUAAGUAAUAUGCAACGUAGAAAUAGUUUUAUACGGAAUAAGACUAAAAUGUCGAAAAUAUUAUAAUUUUAAGGUCAAUAAACGAUAUAAACGAUUUUAGCACAUUAAAAUAAUAUCUGAAAAGAAACUAUAAUCAAAUUUACACAAAAUCUCCGUAAAUAAUAUUAUUUUAAUCGCCGGUCCGUGAUAAAAAGAUCGCCCUGUACUACUAUAGGCUACAAAACAAAAUGAUAUUAAAAAUAUAUUAUUCUUGGUGACGAUGACGACGACGGGUAGACGGGGUGAAAAAGCAGACAUCGCGUAUACUAGAUGAAACGGAAAUGAUAACAAUAAUGCAAAUUUCUUUAAUCGAAUCGCACACGUCGUCGUUGACAGUUAUAAAAUACUCAAUAUACAAAUACCAUAAUGCAUUAUGCAAUUCAGUACACUGCAAUGUAUAGUGAUUAAAAAAAUAUCCGGUGGGUAAGGUAGGUAUCCGACCGGAAGGAAACGAAACUUUCGAACGGACAGACAGUCGCUAAAACGUCACUAUACGCCGCAUGAUAAUUAUUAUUCGCAACUAUAUAUUAAGCAGUAUAAUAUAUUAGUAGUGCUUUAAUUUUUUAUUUACUUGGCUUUUAUCGUUUUAUUUUUCGGAUUCGAAAUUUCCCGCGAUUGUACUAAUACUGAUAGCUUUAUAAGCCGAUAAAACAACGUUCUGCGAUUUUUCGAAUUUGUUCCAAAAACGGCCAUUUUACGACAGAUAAAACUUUUAGUGCCAUUUAUAUAUUUCUUCCGACAGUAACAUUAAGAAUACCUACUAAAAUGAGAUAAAUAAAAUUGACAACAAUAAACCGCUUAUAAACUUUUUAAUACGCGUCGUAUACUCGAAUAUAUAUAUAUAUAUAGUAACUGUAUUUCAAAAAACUAUGGGCGAGAUAUAUUUUACAUCGUCGUGGAAAUUUAAUUAUAAAUAUAAGUGCAACAAUAAAUUAUCAAAACAAAUUAUAAAUCGGGUUCGUGUUUUAACUGGUCAGUGGUCACCUUUAACUGAUUCAACAAAAAACAGACAUUUUUUCUCCGGUGUAUCCGAGGAAACACAUUUGAAAUCAACAAUUAAAAACAAUGCAAAAAGUUCAAAAUUCAAAUAUGACCUCUAACUCCCAUCAUAUACAAAUUUAAAUCAAACAUGCAGAGAAUCUGAAAAUUGCUUCGAAUAAAUAAAAAUGCCUAGGCGAAAAUCCGCAUCUUUUAAUGGACGAUGUGAAAGUUUUGGAUGAAAAACCACAAAUGUAUAAAACGUAUAAAGAAAAUGCGAAACGCAUUUAAAAAAAGAGUUUUCCCUCGCUCGAUUUGUUAUAGACUCGGUACGUAAAAUAAACAUAUAUAUAGAGUGUAUCAUCUGCUGCAGGUUUUGACAAUUGCGUAUUCAAUUACGGUUACAAUUGUCAAACCAUGCAUAUGCACUCUGUAUAUAUAAGACAUUAUUGUGAAAUAAUUAUUAAACAAUUCUCACAUGUGUUUCUAUGAUAUAUUUUGGUAUUAUUAUACGGUUGUUCGUUUGCGCUGUGUAGGAAUCUUCGUAUAGUGUAAUAAACAGCGUUCCGUCGAAAAAGUGAAACGAAUCCUAACCUAAAAAUACUAUAAUAUAUGUACAUAAUAUACGUCAUAUUUCACGAAAACCGAAACCAAAAUAACGUGAUGUUUUAUUUAUACAAAAUUGUAAUAGCAUUAAAAUUGAACAAUGAGUCCCGGAAUCAUACAGCAGCUGUAUAUAGUAUACAUUUUCGUUUCAAAGAGUUUCUGAAAUAAUAUUUUUGUUUGUUUACUAUAUAAUGCUCUUUGAUUUAUAAUGUAUCUGUUGACGAAAAAACAACGGAGACUUUUAUGAUGCAAUCGAAAAAUGUGAAAGGCUUAAUGGACCAAAAGGAGGAGUAUAUUAUAGAGCGAAAUAUAUAUUAAAAGAAAAUAUAUAAAAACUUUUAUGGAAUAGUAUGAAAAUCAGAAGGGAAAAAAUGGUUGGACAUAGUGACGACAGUUUGACGAAAAGCAUCAUAUUACAGAAAAAGGCAGACCGAAAAAUGAGGUACAAAAAUUAAUUAUUAUAAACGUGUAUAAGGAAAUAUGUGGAGAUCUGGAACGAACCAAUUGGAUGAUUGAAAACAAGAAGAGAAUAAGAUAUUUCACUUUAAAUUAUAAAUUUAUAGUCUAUUGGGUUUUUUUUUUAUAUAUAUAGUUCCGUUCAUCAAAUGAAAAUAUGACAACAAAAAUUAUAUAACAAACACGCGUGCGAAAUAAGAGAAAAUUAGUUUUUUUUUUAAGUUUAAAUAUAAGGUACAGAUAAAUGGAUUGUAUAAAACCAUUAUUUCUAAUAUACGAUACAAAAGCAUUAGUAUUUCGUUUUUAAACCGAAACUUUUAGUUUUUCUUUUUUUGUACUACACCGAUACUGCACAACGUAAAUCACGUCUGAAGAGUACCUACGGGCGAAAAACGUUAUCUAAUGUCGGGGAAAAAAAUGUACCAACUAUUAUUCACCCCGAAGAUAAUCUCGCGAAUAGUCUUUACCUGCAGUAAUAUCUGCGAAAGUUUUACGGAUCGUCGGGGUUUUGGCUGUUUUCAGCACCGAAAUAUUCAAAAAACGUUCAGCGCGAUAUAAAUAAUUAUGAUGAGCUAAUAUAUAUCAUGAUUAUCUUCUUUUUUUACAUAUAUAAGUAUACCAUGUGCGAUCCAACGAUUAUAUCAACGAAAUGUCGAGUAAAAUUGAUUUUGGAUUGUUGCAGUCAUUAUAUAGAGUCGUUUAGAGUUUUUACUUACAAUAUUUUCAACAUUUUACCCUAAUUUCACUACCAUAAAAACACCGGAAAGGUAGGGAAGUGCUAAAAACAGAUAUAAAAUGUAUUUAAAAUGUGUUACGCUUUUCCAGCGAUACCAAUGAUGCAUAUCAACACAUUUUCUUUUUUGAAAAAUCAUAGGUUUCUAUAUUAAAAUGAAGAAAGAAUACAUAUUUGAAAAUAUUGUUUGAACAAAGAAUCCUUAAUGAAAAAAAAUUAAUACAUUUAAAUUAAAAUUCUUAGAAAAAACACUUGAUCAUAUAUUCAUAUGUGUUAAACAUUGAGUAUAGCAGAGUUCCAUCACAAUUAGAUUCGAGUCUAUUUUGUAUUAUAGAAAAAAUUCUUUGUGAAAUAAUAACUAACCAAAACUACCUAUACAAUAUAAUACUCUACUGUAAAACAAUAAUACAUAUCUGCGUAUAACUCAUAAAUGUAUAACAUAAUUAUUAAACUACGUUUAAAAAAUUGGUGAAAUUUGAUCAUAAUAAUGGUAGGGGUAAAAGUUUAAAUCUCCAAAGGUCCAAGAUACAUCCUUGAUAUUAUCCUCCUACAUACACACAAUUUCAUCGACCUGGCUUCAUUUGGAAGGUCUGUAGGGAUGUUUAAACCUAAAUAAACACUUUCCUCUCGCAACAAUAUGGUGAAAUUCAUAUUUAAAUUAAAUCAAACUAGAAUGCACCUAUAAAACAACUCUAAUUUUCGAGUUUGAGCUCAUUUGAUCCAGACAGAGCCGCUAAAAUUGUUCAAAAGUAGUGGGAAAAAAAAUCUAUAACAGACACAAUACAGCACAAUAGUCUCUAUUUUCUAGGAAAAUUCAACAAAAAAUCACUCUAUGUCAUACAGUUAUUAUUUUAAAAAAAUAUUCGUUUAAUAAACAUACAUAAAUAUAUAUUGCGGUACUGUGUGGACGCAGUUUAUAUUGUUAUUAUUCUUGCAGCUACACGCGAUACAAAUUUAUUCCCCGAUAAAAUAAUUCGAUCAUCGCAACAAAAAAACAAAUAUUGGGAUAUCAGAAUAAUAAAUACAAUUUUCAACACGGACGACAAAUUGAAUUUCAUCCAGGUUCCGGGCUCGUGUUGCCGUUAUUGGAUUUGAGAGCGCCGGGAAUGUCAACGGAAAUAUUUACCGUAAAAAAAAAAUACCGUAUACAAACACGACUUACGCGAUAGUCACGUGUCGUUCUCAGAGAGAUCUCCCCCGGGACCGAAGACGAUGACCAUGAACCCAACAUGAAGGUGCUCCGUGAAAAUAGUAUGUCAUGUGUAAAAUAUUAUAUAGUUGAAAUGUCCAAAAUUCGGAUUAUAGCAAAAGAGCAAAAGCAAAUGAGCGAACAAAAGUGUGAAGUAAAAAAAAUGCAUAAAAUAUUAGGGGCAAUGGGCCGGCUCAUGAAUCGAUACUCGAUAUCGGUAGUACCGGUAUUAAAUUCAGAAAAAAAAUCAAACAAUAAAUAAUUAUACCACAUCACAACAAAACGUAUAAAAUAACGUAUACAUACACGAUUGUUUAUUGAUAAGACUGAUGACAUAUUAUUGGUAUGAUAUUUUGCUAUCAUCUUAUUAGUUAUUACCAUCACUAAUAUCAAUAUAAUCUAGUGUAAAUAAAAAUUAAUAAUAUCAGCCGGAUAUUGGUUUGGAAAAAUAUUAUUAUUUUUAUAUAUAAAUAAUAAUAUUCGGAACAUCGAAUACCAAUAAAAAAUGGUAUCGACCCGUCCCUAUAAAUAUAUUAUUACGACCAACGUAUAGUAUUACCAUUGUGUUUGCUUAUAAAAUUCAACGAAUUCAAUAUGAUCCAAUGUAAAUAAAACGAAUUAAUGAAUUUAUAAAUUGUAAUGAAUUGCAAUUGCCAUCAUGAUAAGUGAUAGUAAUAUAUACGACCCAUCUUAAAUAUUCCAAUAUUGCAGGUGUUGUAUUUUGCACAUCAUAAUACAAAGGCCGUAAGUAAUAUUUUGCUGAACCCUUGUAAACUUUCUCGAGGUUGAAGUUUAAUGUUGGCCACCAAUAAUUAUUUGAACCAUUUAUGUAUGUACGCCAACGUUUGUUUUUUUUUUUUUUGUUUUUUUUUUUGAGAAUCGUGUUAUUAUAAUGGAAAAAAAGAACGGACAUACUUCACAUGUGGGUGCAGCUUUUUUUUUUUAAAUCUUCGUACAGCCCUCUAACAUAUUUUUCUGUUUUGUUAAUUUUGUGUUUGAACACUUGCGAUUUCCACCUAAACGCCGCAGUUUAUAUUCUAAAAUAUCGUAAUAUUCUGCCGUGUAGCCCGUUAUAAUUGGAUUCGGACGCGAGCAUUGCAUCCUCUUAAAAUUCUAAAAAUAGCGUUCUUCGUGUGUAUAAUUUUUACAUUUUCACGUAUAGCGAGACCGACAAUUAUACGCAAUUUUUACGCGCGCCACCGUUCUGGUCUGUAUCGUGAAUCGCGAUUAAAGGUGAGUAGCGCUCGGAAUAAAAUAAAUUGUCCGAGACGAUAGGUAGAGCGGUAUGUGUCAAACAUAUAGGUAUAAUACGUAUAGGUACGCCGACAAAAAUUGCACUGCAGUCCAUAUAUACUCUAUGUCUCUGCCGACGGAUUUUGUCGUGUCAAACUCGAGGCCCUCGUUUUUAUUAUUAUUAUUAUUAUGCUGCCGUAUUGUAUUUAUUAUUAUUAUUAUUAUUAUUAUUGCGCGUAGUCUACUUCGUUUGGUCUGGCGAAAAAAUAACAAUAUCAUAUCGUCUAGCCGUCGUCUGGAAGAAAAAACUAACCUAAUUUUUGUUUUUCUCGUAUAACAAGGUCGUGAAUUAAAAACAUAAUUAUAAAAUCGUGUAUGGAAUUAUAAUCCGUACACAAACCGAGCCGAAACUUACUAUAUUCCACGCGUAUUGUCUUUGCAAAUCAAUAUUAUUCCGAAUCUUUUGAUCGGCGAAUUACAGCACGAUCAAAUUAAAUAAAUAUAUAUAUAUAUAUAUAUAUAUAUUUGGAUAGGCCACUGUGAUUGUAAUUACCGUGAAAAUCUAAUUUUGGCCAAAAAGAAAAAUAUUCACUUAUAAUGUAUAUAAUAUUACAAACAUUCUACAGAUAUGUUUAAAAAAAAAUUGGGAUUAUUGACAUUUUUUAACGAUUACGCUCCCGUCCCGUUUGUGUUCGAAAUUUCAUUUCUGUUCGCUGUAUAGAUUUCGUUGUCCGGUGUAACGGUCAUGUUUGUUGACAUCUCAAUAUUGCAGGGAAUCUAUAGAAAAACGUUCGAAAUAACGUACUGUUGCCGGAUCGUAAGACGGUGCGCGAAAGUUUUCGUACUUAUUUUCACUGACCGAAUAAAACGGUCACGGACGUGGGAAAAAAAUGUUUUUAAAUUUCUAAAAAAUAUAACAUAUUUCGAAAAGGAACACGACGCGUUCCGCGGUACAGACGCGAUAUCAAUGGAGGGGAGGGCUCCAGAGGCGGUAGGUAAACACGUCAAAACACUCUUCGGCGGCCGUUAAUUAUAUUAUAAACAGUACGCGCUUGUGUAUUACCGGUGCAGCGACAUAACAACAAUAAUGACGAUAGUAAAAUUAACGCUACGCGCGCAACAAACACGCGGCAGACACAGCUGGAGCUCGCGGUCAUCCGACCGGAACGAAAGGCUGCAGCACGCGACGUCGGAGGGGUAAAAACUCGUAGGGUGUAGGCAAGCAACAUGGCGCGUACAUUACACCGGCGAAAACAAACGCGGGUGUACGUCGAUAUCGGGCCAUGACAACGGUGCCCGCCACCGCUAGCCACGAACCGUUUUCUCGGCCUGUCCAAACGGAUAUAAUAUAUCGAAUAAUAACACAUUUUGUCAUCACGACAAUCGUCACUAAUACAAGCGGCGGCGCGUCCAGAAAUUUUCAACGGGAGGGGAUGUGAAAAAUAAGAACCGUAAAACCGUCUUCUCUGUACCCGACUCAACUUUAUGUGAGAAUUCGUAAUUUAAAAGCCGAAUCCUGAAAAAAAAAAAAAACGAAAUCAACACAUCAAACUUUUCUUCGCGACUUGGCUGAAACAUAUGCGUUUCGAUAUCAAAUCGCUUAUUCUUUGUUGCAUUUUUAUGCCACUGAAUAUAAGCCAUCUUACCCGUUGACCACUAUAUGUAUAGAGAGUGAACGGAGAUUCGGUCAACCGAAGAUAUAUAACAUUAGAUAUUUCCCGAAUCGUUGAACGAUUAAUUCGUGUAUUAUUAUUUUGACGUGGAUGUAGCGAAGCAAUUAUAUUUUCUGGAGACAACAGCCCAAGUUGGUACACCAAUUCUGGAUUUUCGUAGUUUACGUUUUGUCCGUUAACAAAUGAUUUUCUCUUCCCCGUGUCUAUUUGGGAAACGAUUUGCUCUUCGAGUUUCGCCUUUAAAUACGCAACGGAAUCUUUUUUGAGACGUCCGCUGAGUAAGUAUAAUUUUUCCAACAAUCACGCCCCACCGAAACCCGUCUGCGGUUAAUUUGGCGGACAACGAGACGGCGGCGAUGUCGUUCCAGUGUACGACAAUAAUAUACGUUACACAAUAAUAAUAAUAAUAUUAUCGCGACCGGUGGCGGUGGUAAACCAACUCGGUGCACGCACGCACGCACCACACACGUGCACGCACUACUUCACCCGGCGCUACACCGUGUGGCGAUCGAGUGUAGGUAAGUACUCUGUGUACAGUACUCACGAAGCCCGCACGCUUUACGCGCGUACAUAAAAAUUGUUAUUACCACAAUUACGUGCUGUUGUUGUUGUCGUCGACUUCGCGCCGCCGUCACGUCUCCGGACAGUUUUCACAGAGUGAUCCGCCGGCCGCCAAAGUUGAAGUCACCCGCACGAGUACCGGAGUUUCCCGCACCGAGCAAACGGUGAGUGAGUUUGACCUUUUUUAUUUUCUUUUUGACCGGCCGGUUAUAUUUUGUACUUGGCCCGUGGAAGGCCGGGGUUUAUUUUUUCCUCCGUGAGGAUAUCAAAACACCCAAAUUAUACAAUCGCUCUCCGUUUCUCGGAUGAAUUUCAACUACAUCAAGUUUUUGUUUCGUCGAUCGAAAUCGAAUAUCAUUCGAAUAUUAUAUUUUGAACCAAUCGCAGAGAUUUCCAGAGAUAUUUUCCCCUCGAACAAGUUAUAAGCUGCUAUAGUAUUCCGUAUACAUUGUAAAUUGUAUCUGUUUUUAAUGCGCCUUAGAUUUAAUAACGAGUUUUCAUAUUGUAAGGUAUCAGUGGGUAUAUUAUAAAAAAAUAUUGUGAAAUCGCAACUUCUCGUGCUCUUAUUCGAAUAUUGUAUAAAUUUACGUCCGUCGCAUUCCUCAAAAACUUUUACGCGAAAAGAAAAAUGUUAAGACUUUUCCGUACGUUUCCGUUAAACUCUCAAGACCAUUCCUGCAGUGGCAGGAUGACAAAUCUAAUAAUGUCGUUACGGUUUUGUAUAUAUACGGUUGUCAAACGUUUAAUGAGAAAUACAUAAUAUUUCUUCUUUCCGAUAUUGACUUAGUGUCCGCGUUGCUUAAAAUGUUUUAUAAAAAUGUCAAUCAUACAAAAUAUUAAUCCACGACACGAAAUAUUGCCACUGCGUAUGAAUAAUAUAGUUGUGCCGGAGGUUGCGCGGGAUUUUGAUCGUUAGACGAGUUAAUUUUGAAAUUUCAACAUCAUAAUGUAGAUAACUAAACGGAGCCGCGAGUGACACUGAUACAGUUUGUCCGCGAGCAGUCAUUAAUAAGUGAUGUAUUUCGCAACGGCGGCGGUGACUUACGGGUAACUGACUAAAUUAAAUUAAUACGCUGUGUGCGUUCCUCGCUGCCUGAGAGACUGGAAGAUUGAUACGACGAUUACUCUGUAUGCGAAAUCCGAACGGAUUGUGUAUAGUCUCCGAAAAAGCAGCGGUAUUCGAAAAGGCAUACUGUACAGUACCACUUUAUAAUUAGUAGAGCAUACGUAUGUUAAAGGAUUAGCUGUGUGUGCUCUGCAGUAUACUCGUCGUAUGCGUACUUUGCAUAAAACUCGAAACCACUCGACGCGCACGUUUUAAUAAAUUAUAAUUGCUCGGUUUCGUUACAACAGCGGGGAAAAUGGCGGUGGAAAAAUAUUGAAAAUCCGUACGCUGGCUCCGAAAAUUAAACAAAAUAUAAAAAAAAAGAAAAAAGAAGAGUAAACACAUGAUACCUAUAACGAAUUCGUCGGGUUUACCGGACGGUUACAAUUUUUAACAGCGCUAGGGUUCUCUGAACCGUAUUGGUUUUACACAUUAUAAUAAUUACACUGCGGCACGAAACAAAGCGAGAGGAAUUCCGAGCGUCCGAUUCGCGAAAAGCCGGAUCUACGAUGAUGUGUCGGAAGUGACGUCACGCCCAUAAGGGGGUCCCGGAGCGGUGCGUACCUAUACACUGUACGACGAUGUCCAUUAGGUCUGUCUGACAGACCGUAACAUCCACCUGCGGAAUGACGAGUGUAUAUACGUGUAUAUAUGCGGAACACACACUGCAGCAAAACAUGUGAUGUGUAAUAUAUUAUGAAUUGAUAUUAUUUUAUUAUAUACUGCAGCGACGAAUUCGUUUAUUUUUAUUUUUUUGUAUGUAUGGUAUAUAUGUAUAAGUAUACAUCAUACGGUGUCCGAUACGAGGAAAUCGAAUAUCCCGCGAACCGAGAGUCGUCCCGCUGCAGGCUUCGAGUUUAUUAUGAAAAUUAAAAAUUAAAAACGGGCAGAAAGCAUGGAGAACGAAAUCAUCGUGUGUGCGCGCCCGCGAUAUCUGCAUGAUGUUUUCUACACUUUUCGCGUUUCGCGAAUAUCUGCAGAGACGCAACAGGCGCGUUAGUUAAUUAACUAUUAUAAUAAUAAUUGUUGACGACAGUAUAAUAUUAUAAUACGAUAUUUUAACGACACAUUUUUUUUUGAAGGUACUACACUACUUAUUCUUUCAAAUCGUUGCUAUCUAACGAACGCGUAUUGUCUUUAUUAUUAUUCUCGUGACUAUAUCGCGCAUUGUUAUCCGCAACACUGACCUAAUCGAUUAUAUACUUAUAGAUGCAUAUUUUACAAACUCAUUAACACCGUCAUCACCGUCGUCGUCGUAUUCCAAACUGCAAGGUUGUGUAGCAAUCAUCGUCACCCGGCCCGUUUGACACCUUAAGGCUGCGAAACUUUCGUACAAUACAAUAACCAAUUCAUACGUAUUUAUUUUAACAUAAUAUGAUAUUUUUCAACGGUCAUUAAAAAUAAUUAUCACUGAUGUCUACUUAUAUAUACGCUAGCUGCGUGUCGUAAGAAAAAUAACUAUUGCCGUUCUAAACCAUAGAUUUGUAAAAAGAAAAAAAAUGGACUGAUAGCGCAUAUAGAGAGAAGUAUACGGGGCCCAAAAUUGUUAGAAAAAGAUAGCGUAAAACGUGUAAGAUUAUCUAAACGACUAUAACCAUUAAAAUUGUGUACGAGACAAAUUAAAAAAGAUAACAAUAUUGCAUUAGAAAAAAAUACGGCAUACAAUCCUAUCAUAAUGUCCCGCAGAUAUUUCGGUUAUCAUUUCCUAACUGGGUGACAUGCAGUUCAUAGUAUGUUAAUGAGGUUGUAUUACACAUGCCCGGAUAAUAGAACUAUACCUAUCAUUACGCAUGGAAACGCGAGAGAAAAAAAACACCGGCGAGCCAUAAAACUCCGUCACUAAACUCGAAUUUCUCCGCUCCCUUUAUUUUGUAUAAUAGAAAUAUACUUUGUUAAACAAUAAAUGACCGAAUUUAUAAUAAACAUUUGAUUAUAAAAAAUUGUAGCGGGGGUUGAUGAAAUUUGAAACCCUUAAAAAACAUAUUUUUGAUACCAAUAUCAUGACGUAUAUUCAACAUUUCGUUCCUCUGGCUUCAUUUUGAGAGUCUAUAUAGACAUGCAAAGCUAAAAAAAACGCGCUCUACCAGCAACAAAAUGGCGAAAUUUAUAUUUAAAUUCAACCCGACAGAUUUUAUCCUAUAAUCGACUUCAAUUCCUAAUUUCCGCUUUUGAGCUCAUUUGACCCAGAGGAAGCCGCUAAAAAUGGCCGAAAGUAAAAAUUAAUAUUUUGUCCCAGGGAAGCAGUCAAUUUUUCGAUUUUUUUUGUAACUGUGUCAUGUGUAAUUUUUUCCCUUUUAAUUUUUGGUCUAAAUGGCAUAAGUAUACACGGUCUAACACAUAAAGUUAUACUGAAAAUUAUAACAUAAUGCAUUUUUUAUUUGGCAAAACCACUUAUGAAUUAUCUGACUUUUAAGAUAUUUAAAACGCCUACAUUAUACUAUUCAGUAAUAAUUUAGCCAUUUAUACAUUUUUUUUUUUUUAAAUUGAAUACUGUAGGAAAUUGAAUCAAGUCCUCUUCUUCCCCGGGACCACCAAAAAUAUACAACAGACAUAAUGCGGUGUGCAAUAAUAUAGAAUCUGUAUUUUUGGAGAAAAUUCGAUAAAAUUGUACCGACCGAAAGGCUGAAGAAAUUACUUAUAGAAAAUGCUUUUAUACCAAAUGCGUUUACACCCACACAUAGUUUUAUUAUACGUAGUGGUACACGUUAAUAAUAAUAAUAUCAAUUGCCAAUGAAAUUUACUACACUAUAUAAUAUUAUACGAGUAUGUAUUAUAAUAUACGGUCGAAUCACUACGUACGGAUCGAAUUACCGUGGAUCGUAAAAUCCACGACAAUCUCUCCGCGGGUCCGGGACGCGAUUAUGUCAUAAUAAUAUAUUCUGUAUAGACGAUAUUAUUUUCAUAUAAUAUUCGUUUAUAAAUCCAUUAAGUAUAUUAUUAUUGUAAAAUAUUCACGCGAUACGUGUAUUAAACGUGAUCGGAAUCGCGAAAUUGUCGAAAACCAAAUAUAAAAUACCGCCUCGAUAACGACAUCGAUGAGAAUACCUGCAUUUAUAUUUCGUAUAUAAAUAUACAGAUAUAGGUGAACUCGGGUAAACCGAACAAAUAUGACCCACAUAAAAAAUAAAACCAUAUACCUAUAUAUUAUUAUUUAUUGAUUACGAUACGACGAUCGGCGUAAAUAAAUAAAACGAUUUAAAACGCGCGUAUAAUGUGUGCAAAAGUGCAAAUUCAUUCGACGCAAUUGUUAUUUCGGUAUGCAAGACAUUUCGUCAUAUUCGUUAAACGAGUACCCGACUUUCGACAGCAAUCCGCGUGUUUUUCAUUUAAACUUUUUCGUUAUACACGGGAUAUUUUUCGGUAAAAUAUUUGCAGUUUCGUUGUGGUAAACUGCAAUAUUAUGUAACAUUUUAAACGGGUACCAACUGAAAUUCAAAAUGUUUUGUUUUUCAAUCUGUUACUACGAUAGUAGUAAUCCAUAACACCAAAAUAGUUUUUGGUGUUAUGACUAAUACAACACAGCCAAUGGUUAAUAUUGAUACGUUCCUUCUAAACAAGGCCUUGUUUAAAAGGUGGUGAGAGGAGGCGAGGGAAAUGUGGCCGUUUUUAAAGAGUAGAAAUUAUUUUUCACUUUUAAGUAUAAGUUGCUUUAUUUAUUUUAUAUUUUAAUGAGAAAAAUACCAUCCAAAUUUCCGACUUUUUCAAACAUUUUCUUUCAUAAAAACCUUAAGAAUCAGCCAAUUUGGUCCAACCAUUUCAAGUUAUGCACAUACCAACGAAAAUAAGCAUUAAUUUUUGUAUAUAUAGAUUUUAUAUUAAAGAGUAUUUUGAAAUCUAUUAACAUAAUCCUCCAAAAAUAUUGUAACUAAACGAGAAAAUGUUUAAAAGGAAAACAAAUGGUAACGAUUUUUCGAUGUAUAGAUGCGAUGACUUUAAGAAUGUUCUGAUGUAAUUUAUUUGACAUUAAAUCCAACUGAAAGAUCUUUUUCGACACUUUACAUAUUUUAAACUAAAUUCAAACUUUUAAAUCAGGUAGAUAAGUUUUUAUAUUUUGUUAUUUAAUUUUGCUUGGUAGUAUUAUUAAUAAAAAAAAAAAAAAAAUAGCCAUGUUUAAAUUUUCGACUGCCGGGAAGGAAGACGGACAUUUUUUUUGUUGCCUGAAGUAUGCAAAAAUCUUAGACACGGUCCUGCUUCUGAGUAAUGAAUUUAAAGUGGAAUAUUACACAAAUGAUCAUGUGUAGAAUAUUGUUAGCCACUAGUAGUACACACGAUUCGGACGAAUUCAAAUAAUUAAGAUAUCCGUUGCUAUACAGUAUACAAUUAUUACCUACACUGUUUAGGAAAUAAUAAAUUACAUAAUGGCUAAACUAUUAUAACCUAUAAUAUAAUCGUUAAAUAACUAUGCGCUCGCGGAGUAAAAAUUAUUAUAUUAUUAUUAUUAAUAUUACUUUUACUCGGGUCCGGUGGAAAUCCAAGGAUUCGACCUUCGCGUACGGUGGGUAAUACACGAUACUAUAUCGUUUCGAAAAAAGUUUAUUCCGCCUAGAUUUUUUUUAAUUUCCUUGUAAAAAUACAAGAGAUCGAUACAGAUAAUACUUUUAUAGCACGUACGCAAAAAAGUAUACCUCUACAGUAUAAACAACAACAACUACAGUAACAAUAAUUAAUCAUUACGGUGUCAGCUUAUAAUACAUGUACAAUACUAUAUUAUACGUAGGUGCAUGAGGGAUAAUAUUGUAUACAGUUCGCGAUAAAAGACAAAAGUUAUUAAAAUAUAAUCUAUUAUAAUAAUUCAUAUAGCCAUAUGGGUAUAUGCAUGAGAUGCCUCAGCAAAAAAGAAUUUGAAUAUUUAAAAAACAAUCCACCAUUCACGAUAAAAGUUGAUGUACCUACGAGAAAAAAAAAGGGUAAACCGCAACAUUAUUAUAAUGACGACAAUAUUUGGCAACACGAAAAUAGAAUAUUAAUGAUGGGUAGUUGCUGCCUACCGGCCGCGGAGUGUAAUAGCAACACGCAACGCGGACACGCUCAAAAGAAAACGUACUACGUUAUCAUCCGAAAAUAAAAAAAUCGUUGCAUAAAUACCGUCAUACGAUUAUUAUAAUAUUAUUUUUAUUUCGUAUAGUAUUAUUGACAUCGCCUUAUUUACGCUGCAAGGACGUCGUUUUAAUAAUAUUAGAUAUUUCGAGUGUGGGCUCAAACGAUAUCUCGGUCUAGACCGAAGAAAACACAACCGCGGAAAUAUAAUAAUUACCUAUACUACACAUUAUUACUCUAGUAUGAAAACAGAAAAAUGAAUGUAAAUUAACUCAGACAGUUAUAUCAAUAGCCAGAUACAAUCGCGCGGAAGUCAAGAAAACGCGAUUGCAGUAGUCAUGCGUGGAGAAAAGAAGCCCUAAUAUGUCGGAUACAGUGUAGUAUUCCAAAGAGAAAAAGAUUCUUGGAUCGACUAUUGAGAUGGGAGGAACAAUCAAAGAGCAACGAGAAAAGUUGAAACCGAUAACCAAUUGUCAUGAUUAAGCGAUGAACAGAAAGAAGCGGCAGGAAAUUUGUUGGACUAUUUGAUUUCAAUGGUGGGUUAUAACAAAACAAAGAAAAAAAAAUGAAAACGAAUACUUAGAUUUCUUCAACGUUCACUAUUAUACAUUUUGAUAGUUUAUAUCAUAAUAUAUGAUGGUUCGAUUCUCGUAUAAUCGACUAAUGGCACAAUAUACAAAGAAAAUAACUCCGCUCGGUCGACUCGAAAACAUUAUACAUCGCACACUCUUCGAAAUAUUGACGUGCCUUUGACGUUUAAACAAAUUAAAAUUACUAAAAAAAAAAAAUCGUUGGCAAAUAAGCAUACCGGUAUAUUAUUGUCUAAAAAAUGUCUUUUAACACUAUAACCAGUAGGCACUGUGGCAUGUACAACGAAAUAACGGAUGCAAAUGCGUAAACGAAAAGUAGAUAGAGGAAUAUCUACUUUUAACUUGGGGUCAAAGUUUUUGGUCAGGUUUGAUAUUUACAGUACGGAUACAUUUACACUAAAAAAAAAAAAAAAGGUUUACAUUUACAGAGAUGAAGGUUAUACAAUGAAUAAAGAGAAAUGAGAUAAAAAUGAAAGUAGCAGAAAUUACAAAGUCAAGGUGAAUGUGUGAUGUAAUCAGAGGAAAGACAUAGAAGAAAGAGAAUAAAUUGGAAUGGGCACGUUAAGAGAAUAGGAGAAACGAUGAUAUAGUAAAAAUAAAUAAAUGUGAAAAGUGGCUAUAGAACUGGUUAUUAGGAGAUAUAUGAGGGCAUAUGAAUGAAGAAAUGGCGAUGGGUGAAGUAGUAAAGGCGUAUAGUAAAAAGAUACUCCACUAACCUAAUCGUUAUUAAACAAAAAUAUUGUGCACAGAUAAACUCGAUGCAAAAUGCACAAUUUCCCUGGUCGAGAUCGAGGACACGAUUAUUAUAAUAAUCAGAGGUCGUUUGUGGUUAUUGUCCGCGACAGCCGCCGUAGAUUAUAAUAAUAAUAGUAUUAAUAAGACGAGUGUAUUAUACCGAAAUUACACAUAUAAUCGCGAUACUGUCGGGGACCUUUGAGCAGACGCGUAAGCGCCGAAAACUGCACGAGACACGCCAUUUUUGUGUACGCGAUAACAUAAUAAAUAAUAAUAUUAUUAAAGUAGAACCGCGGAGAGACUCUCGUCCACGGUAUCGUUCGUUAUUAUUGUGUUUACGAUAGCAUUGUCAACCGGGAUAUAUAAUAUACCUAGCAUAUUAUAAAUGACGACCGCUUUCACCAGUCAGUCAUCACUACGAUUGCCGUGACAGUGCUCGACAUAGAGAUGAAAAAUACAAAACUAUACAUUAAUCGAGCAAGGUCGUGGAGGCCAACCGCAUUUGCGAUCCGAAAUUCGGUCUGUUGGUUCGCGGUAACCAUCUCGAUGUUUACAUAACCCGCGUAUAACCACUGUAGUAUACAAGAUGAUUUUUUUUUUUUGUAAAUAAUUGAUUUAAUUAAAUUCUGUUGGUUUUUUUCUACUUCGAUACACAAGCGAAUUGGCGUAAUGAAAAAAAAAACUGGUGUUCUCGUUGGAAAAACAAAAGUUUAUACCAUCACAGAAUACUCCUGAAAUGGUAUAAAAAAAAAUCUAAGUAUUUGAAAAUAUACACCUACCUAGUCUCUAAGUGCAUAAUAAAUGAAUUUUUCAAAACAAAAUUUGUAUAAAGUAAUUAUCAUUUAGUCACAAAAUCACAGCGAAUUACCCUGUGUAUGUCUUUGUUUUUAGGAGUUUUCAAAAAUUAUGCUCAAAACGAUAUCUACCUAUUGAAAAAAAUAUUUUGUAUAAAAACCUAUACAAAAUUGAAAAUUUAUCUAACUUGAUUUAUAUUUUUUUUUUUUUAUCAUUCAUCAAAAUUGUAUAGAACUAAUAGAAGACGCCUACGCAAGCCAUAUUAUUAUUACACUUGUUAUUUAAUCGAAAUUUUCCAGAAAACCAAAAACGUUUCUUUUUCGACCGUAAUAAAUGCACGGGAUUGAUUAUAUUUUCGUGUACAAUAAAUUGUCUUCUUCUUUUUAGUGCCAUAUUCUCAAUGGACGUUGACUAUCACAAAGUUUCAAUCUAAUCUGUCUUGUGCUAUCCGAAACAGUUCAAUCAUUGUUAACUCGGUCUAUCCCUCAUAAUCUGUCUUCCGUCUUCUCUCCCAUCUUAAGUAUUUCCUCGGACAAUUAGCGUAUGUGUUUAUAUUUAUCACCACUCGUGAGAUGUCCUGCAAAUUAACCAGCUAGUUUACAUAUUUUCACAGUGCUUAUAAUUUUUAUAUCUUUCCCAGUUCGUUGAAAAACAUUUUAGUGUACAAAAAUAAUUGUUUAACAAAUUCAGUAGUCUUUGGGUAUUUAAUAAUAUAUUAUGUGUACACAGUUACUAGUCAAUAAAGGUACUUAUAGUUAUUAUGAUAAUUAUACCUACUCGUAUACAAACAAAUACAAAUCCAUAAUAUUAUAUACAUCGUUAAUAGUACACUUAAAUAGUUUAACUAUGUUUAGUAUAUACGGACCACCAAAGUAUAGGGUUUAUCUAAUUAUAUUGAUUCAUUUUGUUUAAGCUUUGUAAAAGUAAUUAUUUAUUGAAGUGGCAAGUACCUAUAGUUAAACGGAAAGAUUUACGUUACAAAUUAUAACUACUAACAAUAAUUAUCAAAUAAAACUAAUGGGAAACGAUUAUGUUUACGUCGUUGUAUUUGUUUUAUUUUAAUUUUAAUUGAUACAAUAAUAAUGUAUUAUUUGUUGGAUUAGUGCGAUCUUAAUUACGACAACAUAAAAUAAUUGAUGCGUUCAAUAAAUCAUUAUAAUAUUAAAGCCUUUAUUACGACAAGACAAGACAACAAGACGACGACAAGACGAUACUACCGAUAAUUCAAGAGGUCGCGUAUAGGCAAUUUAAAUACAUUUCCGAAAAAAUUAAAAUUUAUCUACACUAAAAAUAUUCGAAUUCGCUUUCAUAUAAAUUUAAAAAAAACUGAAAUCGUAUCACAAGUAUUUGUUUUGUAUUAUCGUGAAAUUUGUUCAUGUUUAUAAAACAACAACAUAAAACAAACAAAAUAUCUGUAAAAGUGAUUUUAGAACAUUUACUAGUUAUGAAAAUUGGCUACAACAUUAUCUAUGUUAUGACAUUGAUUUCUGAUUUAUUUUUAUUGAGACAAUAGAUAUUAAAGAUUAAAAAUUGGCCUUUUUCAAUGAUUAAAAAAAUGUUUAACUUUUGUUUACUAGAUGGAUAUGCGAUUUCCAAAAUAAAAUUAUGUUCUUUAAUUAUUAUUUUAUCAUAAACUUUUUAAGACAAAUAAUAUUAAUUUCGAAAUCAAUCGAUUCUUCAACACAUGGUUUUCAUAUGUUUAAAAACGCUCACAAUGUCAUCCUCUAACAUUGUAUGUAAUCGUUUGGGCUAGUACUUUUAGAUUCUGAGUGGGGAGAAAAAGCUUAUGGUUUUACAAUGAUAUUUAUUUUUUUUUUCUGUAGACGUCUUUUUUUAUCAGAAAUUUUGCUCCUAUUUUAAAUAAUAACACUUUUUCUGAAUGUAAAUCUAUCGACUGGGGAAGUACUUCAGAGAUAAAAUUUUUUAAUUUUUCCAGGAGUUUUCUCAACAAAUGGAAAAAAAUCAGGAAAAAAAUAGGAAAACGGGGAAAUAGGUACAAUAUUAAACAAAUAUUAUUAAAAAAAAUACAAAAUGUACAUGUAAUUAUUUUACCAUAAUAUGAUAUACUCAUAAAUAUUGUCAAAGCAACACUAUCAACCGAACUCUGCUCAGAAUAUUUUUUUCAUUAGCAAUGGUUUAUCAUUGUAUACAGAUAUUGGUACAUUAAAUUACCUAUAACAGUAGCUGCACCCAUCUCCAUUAUCCUAGGACAGUUUUUUAAUUUUUUUUUUAACCAACAUUAAUUACUAAACAUUAUGUUUAAAUGUUCAAACUUUAUAAUAUUUUGAAAUAAAUUGCGUACGAUAUUUGCAGAGAGAAGAUGAUUUUCGUUCAAAUUUGAAAAUAGUUUAAAUUUAAGCGAAAGCUUUUUAAAGAGAACGAUCUUAUCAUUCUGCAAUGACAAAUUUAUUUAAACCUAAUCAAAAACAAUUUAUGAGAUUAAACUCUCAGUUAUAGAAAAAAUAUUGUGCAUUAAAUUACAUAACAUUUUGAAAUAGGUACUUAUAGUAAUAUAGUUUUAAGCUUUUCAACAAUAUUAGUAUUAUUUUACCUACACUGAUAAAGGAAUACAUUUUUCUGAAGGUAAAUGUUAUUUGUAAUUGUAUAUGAUUAUUUUUUUUUUUUACAAAUGUAACGACUUUUUUAGAUUAAUAACGGGAGUGGAAAACUAAUGUAGCAUGUAAAAAAUAAACGAAUAAUAAAUCAAUUACUUACGUAAUCAAUCAGAAAAACAAGGAGAAUUCCAAAAACGCUUUACACAUCACACCGCCUUACCUAAAAAAUGAUAAAUAAAAAAAAUGAAUUACACAAAAUAAUAUUAAUAUAUUGCCUACAAAAUAUUCAUAAUUUUUUAUUAUACAUUUUUUUAUUUGCUUACAUUUCAAAACAAAAUAAUAAUAAUAUAUAUUUAAAAUAAUAAUGCUGCAUACCUUGGUCAAUGUCCCUAUAAUAAUACUUAUAAUUUGACAAUAUGAAAAUAAUAUAUUUUCGAAAUAUACAUAGAAAGUAGUGGAUUACAUUAUUAUUAUAUUAUAACUUCAAAGGAACAAACUAAUUUAUUAAAAUAGUCACUUAUAUAGGAACAUAAAUAUAAAAGUCAUUCGCAUCUAAUGAUUUCUCCCAAAGUCAAUAGGUACUUCAAAAUAUCAUAUUUUGUAAAUUGAGAACUAAACUAAACUCGUUUAUUCCGAUUAAAUAAUACGUAUAAGAUAUUUGCAUUAUUAUAAACUAAAUUCUAUAAUUUAAUUAAAAUCUGUAUUUUUUUUUUUUUUUUUUAAUUUACAACUCGAUUAGUAUCAUUUUUCGUAAUGUUUAUUUAUUUAAAUGAAUAUCUCAUAUUAAAAAAAUAAUAAAUUCAGAGCGUUAUAUUAUUAAAAUUCUAAUUUUUAAUAAAUCAUAGUAUACCGGUACACGUUUAUUCAGAAGGUAUUUUGAGCGACGACGUUACUUGAUGUUAUUAUAAUAACAGUAAUUUUUAAUAUUAUACAUUAUUAUAUAAUAUUUAGUACGUAUUACAAUAGAAAUACACGAGGUAAAUCAAAUAAUGCGAAUACCUACGUUGAAAUACUAAAAAUGUUUGUAAAAAUAAAAUAUUAUAAUAUACAAUAAUAACGAUCCACAAAACUAUGUUAAAUUAAAAAACCGUUUUUAAAACCAAUAUAAGUACUUAUUACAAAAGUGAACUCUGCGAUUAUAAUUAACUAAUUUACAAAAAAAAAAAAAAUCAAAAAUAAUGAAACCAUUAAUGUAGUAAACCUUUCCAGUUUUCUUCCGUUAUUAAAAAAAACUACAUAAUAAACCGACCACCUACGCACUAACUAGACUCAAAAUAAUUUAAAAGUCUCUCUUGUAGAAAAAUUGUACACAAACAAAAAAUAAAUAAAUAAAUAAGCACACAUUAUUGUAAAACCGAAUUGCUUGAUAUUUUUUGGAACAGUUCCAGGAAUGGUGACUAAAUGAUAAUAAUAAUAUUUUUGUAUAAAAUCGCGGAAAAAAAAUAUAUACAUCAUAUUAUACACAAACCACAACUUUUCCACUACUACAACCGAAAAUCAUUAACCAAGCCGAAGUAUAAUAAUUCAACAAAAUAUUCGUUAAAGUUUAAUUAUAUACGAUGAGAUUCGAGUACAAUUUAUUAUUAUAUUAAUAAACACCACUGCAUUAAUAAUAAUUAUAACUCUCAAUUAUAUACGACGAAUCGACGGGCAUAUAUAUUAUUUAAUGACUUCAUUAAAAUCACUUUUGACGCAUGAAAUAAAUUGCUUUAAACGAUUCUGAAAGCGAAGUUCGGUUAAAUGAUGUUUUAACGAAUUCAAAUUGAAAAUUGUAUUAAUUUGUUUAAGUUUACAAAUCAAAUUACAAUUUUGUUCAUGAAUUUAUUGAAUUUUAUCAAUUUAAAAUGAUUAAAAAAAAGACUUAAAAAUUUGUACGGACUCUUAUCAUUUAAUUAUAAGUUUAUAACCCUUAUAUCUAUAAAUAACUCAAAAACCGUCAGAAAAUCUUAAAAACCUGAUCACGUCUAGAAAAUAUUAGUACAAGUAUUCGAUGAAAGUUUAGUCUUUAAAGUUAUUUUUCACCGAAUUACGAGUACAAAACAAUAUUUCAGUUUUCCGACAUUAUAUUGUUGGUUUUCUCCAAUCAUUAAUUAACCUACAAAGAAAAUCAAAAAAUGACCUCGAAUAUGCAUCAAUAAAAAAAAAAUUGCUACCAAAAAUAUUCUCAGAUAUUGAUGAUUGGAGAAAUAUUUCUUUCCGGAAAUUUAUUCACAGGCAGAAAAAAACCUACACUUCACUAAAAAUCUAAAAUAUAAAUUGUCUUUUUUACGAGACUGAGUUUAAUUUUAGUUAACAGUGAAACAUUGUACCGCAACAAACCAUAGUAAUGUUCUGCAGGAUAUGUAAAUUUAGUUUUGCAACUUCAAAUUUCGUGGUAAACUCGUUACCUAGCUUAUUUGUUUGAAAAACAGUUGUAUGGUACUACUCUAGUACUCAAUUAUACUUUAUACUUAUUUUGAAUUCCAAAAACGUUGUUGGAUGCUUAUAGUUUAUGUUUUUACCAGAAAUAAUUUGCACUAUAUAUUGAAAAAAAUGUUAAAUAAAAAACUAAUCUAACCAGAAACUGUACUAUAUAAUAAUGUCUUGGUAAAACAACGGAAAAUGGUCGCGCGCGAUAUUACAAUAUUUUUAAUUUAAAUUUUAAAAUCGAAAAAAACACCUUCGCACAUUCCUUGUGGGAAACAAAACCAAUAAAAAACUAUCGAUUUUCCAUCGAGAUAGCAUCUCGUCAAUAUAAUAUAAUGUAUAAUAUUAUAUACGAGUAAGUGUAUAGGUAUUUUUCAUAAUAAAAUAUAAUAAAUUUCCAAUGAUUUAUCUAAAGCCAUUGGUGAUAUUAGAAAAUUUAUCUAACCUAAAUAUGCGUCAUCAUUUCAGACGCGUGUAUGCACGUAUAUAGAUAACAGAAUCAAUAUCGUAUAUUGCCGCAGAACUAUUACGCGAAUUUAACCACUAAUGCGGUCAUCCUCCACGUACAUGUAUAAUGUCCGUGACCUUUUGGAAUAAAUUGCGUUCGUAAUGGCAAAAAAAAUGUACCUUUAUAAACUGCAUAAAAAAAAUGUCAACUGCGUUGCGGUACAACAGUUGAUUAAUUUCAAUAUUAUAGAGCGGGUCGUGACUUUUACAAUAAUGUUGCCACCAGUAGCGUAUUCGAGGGGAGAGAUUAGGGAGAUAUAUCUCCUCCCUUAAACAUCUUUUUCAAUACCAAUUUAUUAUUUACAUCACUACUCAUAUAUAUAAUAUAAUAUGAUACAAUUUUGAAAUACAAUAUUUUCUUUCUUGGUAAAAUCUUAAAUAAGUACCUACGUUUUCUCUCUAUAAUAUAAUAUCGAUCCUGUCGCUCUAUAUCCUAAUAAUAUAAUAAUAUUUUAUUUAUACACCGGCAAAUAAUGUUACGAAUCCAAAUGUCUCGACAUUGUUUUUCCUAUAUGUUUUUCACAGUUUUUUUUUUCCGUUUUAUUCGAAUAUUUUCUUCUAUGUUGUAAUAAUUUUAUCAAAUUGAACACAAUUCGUGUUUUUUUUUUUUUUUUUAAUAAACGUCCGUAACUUGGGGGGGAAUUCAUACAUUCAAAUUUGAUACGAAAUAAUCAAAGUGGUUUCAGGUAUAUACUCAUCCUAUCUAAGUUAUUAAACUUGACAUCUAAAUGAAUCUCGCGAAUUUCAAUCUUAACCGUAAAAUAUAUAGUAAUAUAGUUGUAGGUAUAUCAAUUCUGAAGAAUAAAACUUUUAUUGUAAUGUAACAAUAUUAUAAUUGGCAAAAAAAAAAGAAACUUGUGGUAAAAUAAUGACUAACCCUUUUGUACAAAUUGUUUACAUUUUUUAUAAUUAUUUUUAAAAUAUGAAAAAAAAAUGGCGGACAAAAGAAAUCACUUGAGGUAGCUUUUUUUUUUUUUUAAUGAACCAACGAAAUAAAAAUAAAGUGAUAGUUACUUAGUUAGUGAUAGUUAGUGAUACAAGUAAAACACAGUAACAAAAUUAUAAUAUGUACACUGCACAGUGUACACUACGUGGAAAUACUGCAGAGUAAAUGAUUGAUCACUCGCAUAAUAAAGUUGAAUAUUAACACGUCAAGUUAAUGAUAUUAUUAUGAUUACGAAGAGCGGAAUAUAUCACUCAUGUCAGAUUUGGGACGUAAUUUUCCUAAAUAACAGAGGACGAAAGUUAAUAAUAGAAAAUAAAUAUAUUUGUUUUCGUUCACCGGUUUUCAAAAUCCAUAAAGAUAUCGUAAUAAUCCAAUCGUUAUUAUUAUAUUAAAGUUUGUCAACCAAACGAAAAUUCAAAACUAAUCCAAUUCAAAAUCAAAUUGAACCUCAAAACCUUUCAAAUAUGUUUGAUUUAAUUUCCCCGAAGCGUAUUCAAUUAAAAUCGAUAAAUGAAAUACCACUUUAAAAAUUACAUUUUCCACUUCUAAUGAUUCGUUUUUAUUAACAAUUGCACACUGCAUUUUACACUGGAUUUCCGUCACGAAAGUAUGAAUGUACCGAAAAUCCGUUGUAGAAAAAUAUGACUCCGUUAGUUUUUAUUAUGUUGUUUGCUGUUCAGUUUGUUUUUAAAAUUAAAAUUAUUCACAAAGAACCAAUACUAUAUAGUUAUUAUAUUACUUUAAAAAUACUUAAAGGCAGUGGUGCAUUUAGAGGAGGAAAAUGAAAAAUGUCAAGGGUGGUAAAAUUUAAAUGAUUUUAAACGGAAUUUUUUAAAGGAAAGAGGAAGUUAGAUAAAAAUAAGAAAAAUAAAGAAAAUAAAAGUAUGAGUGCAAAUUGUGGAGGAAGCACAGUCAUUUUUUUUUUUUUUUACCCGGAAAGCAAUCCUAAAUGUGCCACUGAUUAAAAGGAACAAUAUAUUAUUAUAUUUACCGGGCAUCUCGAGGAAUAUUAUGCGUUUUUAAUCCUAAUUCUACCGACGUAUAUUUGCAAUAUUUAUGGAAUUCGUUCGUUUUUAGGGAUAUUAAAAAAUAAAGCACGUAUAUCCGCCCGUGGCCAUCAAAGUCACGCUGUAAAUAACGAACAAGAGGCGAAUAUGGUUCAGAAAGUUGUAAUUUUUUUCACCACAUUACGUGCGGUUUUUUUGAUAUAGGUAUAAAACCCAUACCUAUUACAAAGUUAAACUUCUUCGGCGGUCAAGCCGAAAAUAAUAAAAUACCUAUACAAACCGUACAAUAGUCGUUACAGUAUUUACAAAAGCAUGUACGUAUUCGGAAAACACGCACGUGACAGCCUAUAUUUCGUUCCUUUCGACAUACAAUAUUAUAGUAUACGUAACCAGUGGAUUAUGUAUUUAUAUAAUAUUAUAAUAUGUUAAUGUUAAAUACAUUCCCCAAAAGUUUUUCACCGAAAAUCGAUUACUUACGACGUCGUUCCAUUUAAAAUAAUAGGUAAGUGACUAACACUACUGCAUCGGUAUACGCUAUUAUAAUAUAAUACCUAUAUAUUUAUUUUCUAAAUGAAAAAACCCCGUACACUAUUGAACAUAAUAUAAAGUUUGCCGUUUAUACAUAUAACAUAUUACAUAAAAGUAUAGUCUUCCGGGCGACAGAAACUAGUCGGAAAGUUUUUAAUAUAGAAACUUUUGGAACAUUUUCGCAAUUUUAAACGUAACGGAUAAUAAAGAAGUUUUGAAGUAGUUUAAUAGAAAAGAAAAGUAAAUACCCGAGUUAGUUUUCAUAAAAAUUUUUAAAAAAAUGCAAAAAAGUAUCAACGCAGUCGGUAGGAUUCGAACCUACGCUCCCAGAGGGAAUCUGAUUUCUAGUCAGACGCCUUAACCGCUCGGCCACGACUGCUCGUUGUAUGUAACAUAAUCAACGCCACUAUCUAAUGUCCAACUUUAUGCACAUAACGUUAUCCUGUUACUGAAUAAUUUAUAAUAUUUUGACCUUUAAGUAUUAUUUGCUGAAACGAAUGACAUUUAAUUAACCAUUUAACAGCAUGUUCGUAGAUGUAUUUAAAAAUAAGUAUUUGUAUUUACAAUAAUAUAUAUUUUAUUUCUGUGUAUAUUAUACUAUGGAAUACAAUAAUAUCCAUUUUUUACGCUUAAUUAUAUAGGUAAUAUAUGGUUUAUGAUAAUUUCUGUUAAUAAAUAUUCGCUAUUUUUAAACAAGCAAUUACUCGUGUUUUCAUAUUUCGAAUACGAUAUUAAUAAUAAUAAAUUCAAAAAUUAAACGCUGCAAUUUACAAAACUGGGGCUCACAUUAAAUUUAUACCGACCCAUAUAAUAUGAUCAUUAUUAUUUUUCACGAUUUUUUUUUCAAAAUAUUUUUUUCUGAGAGUUUCUUUUUAUAUAAUUUUUUUUAAAACUUUUUGAUUUUUACCAUAAAGACACGAAUAUUGGACGCUCCCGUAUUAAAAACAAAUAUAUAUUAUCCAAAUAUUUAACAAAAGUGGAUUAGAAUAUUUUCAGAAUGUAUUUUUCGCCUUAUAUAAGUAUAUCUGUAAAAACGAGUAAAUGACAGGGCAAAAAACAACUAUAUAAAAACAAACCCGUCAUUGAAAAUCAUUUAGAAUAAAAAAAAUAUUGUAUAGGUAACGACGUUUCUGCAGGCCGUUUUAGCUCUUGCCUUGAUGAUAGUAAAACUUCCCACCUACCCCAAAUACUUUAUCGAUUUUCCGUUCCUGACAAGGAUCGCGUUACUAUCCUAUUGCCUCGACAGCAAUACAAGAAGUGUUUAGAAUUUAAUCAACAGUUUAAACAAACAAAUAAUUUCAUAUCGCAGGCAAUAAUGAAAUAAACAAAAAAUAGCUAUCUGCGUUAUAAUGAAUACCUAUACCGUAAUAAUAAUGAAUAUUAUAUGAAUUCGAGUAAUCGAUAAGAGAAGGCGAGAGUCGGUAGGAUUUACUAAAUCGAAAUCUAUAGCACACUUAGAAAUAGAGAGAAAACUCGUUCGUCUUUAUUCGAUUUCGUUUCGGAUUUCCCGAGUUUUGCUGUUUCCUAUUAGACCAUAGUCUCGAAAAUGCAAAAAGUGCCUCGGCUGCGAUCGUUUUUCCCUCGUCCUGUCCACUGAAACGCGUACUCUAUUCGACGAGGUGAUUUGUUAAUACAAACCCCGCACAACAGUUGAAUUCAAAACCCCGACACGGCUUCCGUUUCCCGACGAAAAGUAAUGUCCCGAGAGAAUUUACUAAUUAUUGUAAAACGGUUCAAAGUAGUUCGGAUAUUCACUGUACCGUUAUUUCAAAGUAGGUAAGUACACGAUCUUUUCGAAAUUUCUCAUCUUUGUACAUAAGCGGAAAUUCUCAACAAUUAAAACCCCUAGACGAAAUAAAAAUGCUUAUAUGUGCACUAAACUUUUUUUUUCCUUUUUAUGUAAGAGUUUUUUGUUUUGCGUUUACAUUAUACUCGUAUUUUACAGUUCAACAAUCGCAAACAUGUAUACCUACUGUAGUGAUAAAAUUAGUUUACGUUUUCAAGUUUGAAUUUAUAGUUGGAAUUAAAUACGGUACAACAAGUACACAACAAUAAAUUAUGAUAGUUGUAUAAAAUAACACAAUAUUAUAAUUAGGUGUAUAUCCGAAUAUACUUCCCCACCUAAUGGAAUAUUCAAGUUAUGAUCAAUGAGGUUUCGUAGCAAAUAGAUGAUACGUAUAUAAUAUAAUAAACUUAAGAAUACACAUACAUUUUAAUAAAGUUUAAUGUAGAUCUACAGCAUAAAUUAUAACGUAAAUAGGUACCAAUAACUUUAUAUUAUAAUUUCAACCGUAUUACUCACACAAAGUAUAACCUAAAACCUCAAGUAACACAAUAGUUACAAGGAUUAACCAAAAACAUUACAAUUUGUUGCUUUUAGUUCCAUAUCAACUAUUUGUUUUUAAUAUAGACUAAUAAAAUUUCGACUGGAUAAAAAAAUAUGUGUAUAUAUAUAAAUAUAUCAAGCAAAAAAUUUAAUAUUGUAGUUUAUUAUAGAUCAAAUAAUAUAUACUAUUCUUUCUUAUUUCAAAUUAAUUAUAAUAUUAAUAUUAUCGAAAACGAUGUAUAAAGAAAACAAGUUUUUUUAAAUUUUAUUUAAUUUUACAAAUUGUUAAAUGUUUGACCUUACAACUAUAAAAUUAGAGCAACUAUAAAAUGUACAUGCCAACGAUUUUAUCAAGACUAUAAUAUCUAUUAUACUUUGACAAUUUGCAUAAUAUUAUAAAUGGAAACUAUAUAAGUACAUACACAAUAAUAUGCUAUCUAGAUGGACCAGGUAAAGCAAUUUAAACUAAACCCAUCGCAUCCCUUUCCUCAAAUAACUAUAACACCUCCCGUCCAAAAGCGGGUAAAAUAUAAUUAUAAUAAUAUAGGUACAUACAGUUAUUGACCCGAUUUUAAAUUAAUAACAGAGACCUAUUUUAUUUGAUACUCAUAAUAUGUAUAAUAUAAUCCGGGUAUUUAAUAUAUUAAAUCAAAUUUUAUUGGGUAAAAUGUUAAAAUGGUAAAAUGUAAAAUGUUCAAAAUAAGUUUGAAUUUCACAUAGAGUACCCAACAAAUUAGUAUUAAUUAAAAUAAUAUAUAAUAACCAUAGUUAGUAAAAUAUAUUUUACAAACAAAAUUCAUAUCAUAAAACCAAAACAACAAACUUUUUAAUCACCUAUAUAAUUAAAAGGCAAUCGUAUAAAACCACAGCUCUUACGAAUAAUUAAUAUUAUUUAAAAAUAUUUACAUAGUAUAGAAAGAAUGCUUUCGUUAUUUGUAAAAACUUACUUAUGGCAGUUUAAUGAAUUUAAUUGUAAAAAUAAUCGCAUUGUAGUCCUUAAUGUUAAACUUUCAAGCAAGAUCAAUAAUUCAGCUGAAUUACUGAAUAAUAAAAUAAAAUAUAUUCUUCCGAAAAUAUCCAAAAUCAUUUUUGGUUUUUUUUUUUUUUUUUCGUAAUUUUUGUAAUUCGUUGAAAAUAAUUAUUGUUAAAAAUAUGUUAUUUUUUUUAACUUUAAUAUGGCAUGGUUUAAGUUACUGAUUAAGUAGGUACUGAAUAAUAUUGAACAACCUAACACUACAACUGGAAUAAUACACCAGAAUACGGUAAAAAUUACAAUUACAAAAUCAAAUAAUAUAGUAAUAAUCAAAACUGAACCGCAUUAAAACGCUUAAAAUAAUACAUGAAUCGAUUAGGUAUAAAGUCAAUGGUGAAAUGUCGAGAAAAAAUCACGAAGUCAUCUUGUUACCGCGGUUAGAUCAGUGAACCCGAUAGACGUUUGAGUAUGAUAAGUUGCCUGUCAACAAGGCGCUAAGAUUCAAUUUAUCAAAGUAAUUCCAAAAAAGAAAAAAACAAUCAGAAAUGGAAAAUAAAUUGUAUCUGAAAUACACGGUUAUAAUGGAAAAAAGUUUAAAUGGACUUAAAAAAUCAUAAAUAGGUAUUUUUUAUAAUAUUAUGGCAUUAGUUGAAUUGUAUAUUAUGUUAUUUUAAAUAAACUUGCAUUAUUCCAUAAAAUAAAAACACCAGUGCGUAGGCAUAAUAAUAUAAAAAAGUACUUAUUUGUUAUACAGUAAACUUUCAACUUUAAGCCACCUGAAUAGAAGUUGUUAAAUUAGUUGGUAUUUCGAUAAUUGACAUUUAAGGGGAAGGAAAUUUCUAUUCAUAAUAAUAUAUGUAAAUACCCGGAGGCAUAAUAAAUAAUUAUAAAAUGUAAUUUAUAAUAUUACAAACAUAUGUAUUAGACGGUUGGAUACAAUAUUAUAACCGAUACAUAAUAUUACAGGCAUAUCCAAAGCGACCCUGAAGGGGUUUCGACUAGAACGGAUGAUGAGGAGGACGAACAAUUCUUUCAUCGGUUCUGUUGGGACCAACGCAGGAAACCUGACCGCGAAUUAAUACCCAGGGUGCGAUUGAAGACGCCUUAUAGAACACCGCCACUUCUUACGAUAAGGUAAGACUAUCAGCCAGUUAGCUAAUGAAAUACGAUAUCGAAUUUAUUAUAGAAAACAAGGCGGUUUGUGCAAAUUAUUGUUCUUUUAGUAUAGAAAAAAUGAAUUAAUCGUUUAUAAUUUAGUCGGAUGAAAAUGUAAUAUUUCGAAUUAUUUAGUAAUACUAAUUCUGUAUUUAUUUGUCUAUGCUGUUUGUUUAAAGUUAAAUGACUAUUUAGUAAGUCGCAAGACGAUAAUAUAUUCCACUUUUUUUUCUAAUAAACUGUAGAAUAUUAUGUAGAAACCAAUAUCUCUGUAUAGUUAUGUUAAACUAUUAUUUUUUUUUAAUCUAGAUAAUUUAAAAAAUGUGCAAAUAAUAUUAUACACCUAUGAAUGAAAACCAAAUAAUUUAAAGACAGGAAUGUACAAAUAUUACAGAAAUGGUUUGAAAUGUUCCAAGUGAAAAAAUAAAAAGCACGUUAACUUUGGGUUCCGUUUAUAAAUUCGUUAAUGGAUCAGAAUAAUUUUUUGGUUUUUUUUUUCUCAUAAUAUUCACUUAAAAUAAUAUAUUUAUAUGUACCUAUUCAAUUAAUACACUUUUUUUUUCACGUCAAACACUACAAAAGUUACCUGCACCUAAAAUUGUUUAAAUUAUGUAAAACUAUACAAUAUAAUGUAGUCCUGGAGAACAAUUUCGAAAAUUAAAGUUACACAGACAAUAACUAUACGUAUAUUAUUACAAUUUGCAGUCGUAGGUAUUUUUAAAUUCUACAUAAUAUUAUGUUUAUUAUUUACACGGUAAAGUUCAAUUUAUAAUUUAUGUCAGUAUACCUACACUUGUUUGUAAUGUAUACCUAUAAAAUAAAAGUUAUUUGUAAACUAUGUAAAUUUUCAUAAUUCUUUCAAGUUAAAUUUUUAAUCAAAAAAUGUUAUUUAUUGUCAUGUAUAUUUUUUUUUGUCUAUUAAUAUUUAUUAACAAUAGCAUAAAAUAUGAAAUAAUGCAAAUAGUAGCGAUUCUGUGGUCUAAAUAUUAUCAACUAGACAGACAUAUAAUUAUAUAUAUAUAUAUAUAUAUAUAAAUAUAAUCCUAAUAUUAUGAUCUUCAAAUAAUAUUCGGCGAGAAAAAAGAGAUAAACCAUGCAUACAAGUGCUUUAUGUAUUACGUACCGCAUCUAAACCUUAUUGAUUUGAUAGGUACUGUAACGUACUUAUACGACUAUACCUACGAAUAUACUCAUAGACCUUAUACUAAUAGACUAGCCUUGCCUAUAGAAUAACUGAGGUAGUAACCGGUCAGACAUACACUACAGUGGUGUACAGUAUAAUCACAUCAGUUUUGUCAUUGUAUGUGUAGUACAAUAUACAAUAAUACCACGUAAAAGUCACAAGUCACACGUGAAGAGCGCCCUCUAUCUAUGACCGUUCUUUGUGUACAAAAGGCCAGUCUUUUAGUAUAAGGUCUAUUGUAUAAACUACUAUUGAUUUAUGUCAUAAUUGUAUACACAAACCUAAUGUAAAAAUAAAAUUGUAUAGAUGUUUCAUAAUAAUAUUAUCCGACCAAAAAUAAUAAUAUUACGUAUUUUGACAUUUUCGCAAUAAAGCAGAUAGGGGUGUGUUUAUACACAGACACUUUAAAGACAAAUGCCUACAUUUCUACAACGGCACAUUUUAAUUGGUGGCAAAUUUGAAAAGGAGAUCUUAAAUGUUGAUAUUAUCAUGUAGAAAACUAUUAAACAGUGAUAAAUAUGAAAACGUUCCCAAAUUAAAAAGUAAUACACCGCGUGAUGUUUAUCCAAUAUAACUUAGUUGACUCAGUUGAAUUUAAAGAUAAUUGUGGGUUACGUGGGUUGGAUUAGUGUAAAUAUAAGUAAUGCAACUAUUUUGGAGACAGAAAUUAAAUGGUAUUAAUUAAGACUAUUAUUAAAUCUAAACAUGUAUAGUGUAUACGGUGAAAAAACAAGAUUGAUUAAAAGUCCCUUCUAUUAAAUAGAAAAUUGUUUAUUGAAGAAACAAAUGUUCAUUCCUAGUUAGUUUAUUAGGAGUAAUUUUUUGAGGUCCUUGCCGAAUACUUUUAUUUUAGUAAUUUAGGUGGCAAUUUUUCACGGACCUACAAGCAACAAGCAUGUAAAUACGCCCCUGUAAGCAGGUACCUAUACAAUUAGGUUAUUUAAACAAAAAUUAAUACUAUAAACUAAAUUAUUAAGAUAAAGAAGAAUAAUGUUGAGAAAAAAUGUAUGUUAAAAAAAUUCUAACUCCAAUAUCCUGUAUUAGUUUCAUUAUGUUUAUUUUAUACUAUAUACAAUAUUUUGAUUUUAGUCGUAUGCUGGAGGAAUUAGAAAACGAAACGCAAAAACAAAACAUGGAGGCGAUUCCGAGGUCUAGAGCCAGGUCAGCGUCAGCAUCGCGACCGAAACCCAGACAAUACAUACCGAAUGAGGUAAUACAAAUUUCCUAAAUAAAAUUUAUUACCACGCGCAAAGUAUUAAUGAAACUUCACAUCUAUAACUUGAAGUACCUACCCUUAAAAGUGUAAUCUGCGAUUAUUAAUGUAAUUUAUUGUUUUUAUUCAACUCGGCGACAGAUGAAUAUCUUUUGCGGUAGUAUUACAGCUGCUGAUAAUACCAGACAAGAAAACUGUGCAGCAGUAAUAUAACUAAACAUAAAACGUAAUACUAUUUUGCACAUUUUUUAUCUACUUAUCUUAGUAAAAUAUAAGCAGUAUGUAUCCUACAGUUUAAUGGAAAGUUCUUUGAACGCAUCACACCUGCACCGGGAAUCGUUAAUAAAGAAACCCAUAAAACACUCAUGAAUAAUGCAAACGUUUUCCUCGUAAAUGUCACAAGGAUAGGAACCUAAGUGCAUAGAGUUAAAUUUCAGUUUUUUACCCACAAAAAACAUGGAGUAGAGUUCGUUUUCAAGAUUUAGUAGCCCAAUAGUAGUUUGAAAUAAAAUUAACAAAGAUUAAUAAUUUUGAUAUGCAUUAAUAAGUUACCUAAAACAAACGAAAUUCAAUUUGUUUUACCUUGGUUGUUGUUUUCUAACGUAAUUAUUAAAAGUUUAAACAAUUAGUAUCGUAAUAAAAAAAAUUACUAAGACAAAUAAAUGUUAUAUGAUUUAAAAUAAAAAUUUUGAAAAACCGGAAAUAUAAUUAUUACAUAAAUAUAUGUAUAUAUAGAUAGAUUUUAUAACCAAAAUUCUUAUUUAUAAAAUGUAAUUGAUAUCUAUAAUGAAACCUACUGACGGCUAAGCAUUAUUAUUUUAAAACAUGCAUAAUAUUUUUUUUAUUGGAUAUUAAUAUCAAUAUCAAUAUCAAUUCAACUAUACUUGGCAAUAUUAUUUAUAUAUUUAUAUAAUUUUAAAUUAGGAUAAUUAUGUGUAUUGAAUAUACCAAUUUGUGUUCCAGAAUGCUCAGUCGGCAAAAAAAUUCAACCGUGUUAGCCAAGGCAAUCGAAGUACAAGCAGAUAUGAAAUUUACAACUCAACUACAAGGCCUUUCGGAAAAAGUUACCGGGAGAUGAUAAUAUCGUCUGAUACAAAAAUAAAUCAAGAAUCGACGGAUACAAGUGAAAGUAGUAUAGAUUCAAGUCAAAGUGCAUAUGUUACUUGUUCUUCGGAAAUUGAAACGUUGACAAUAACUGGAUUUCAAUGUGUAGACGAGAAUGCUACUAAACAUGAAAUUAUCUUACAGGCAAAUAAUAUAGACGAAGACAUAGCAGAAGCAAGAAAUUACAAUGUCAAUGAUAAUCCAAAUGACGCUAAAGUAAUAGAAGAACAGUUUAAAUCAACCGAAACAUUAAAAAAAGGUGAUGAAAAACAACGGCUCAUGUAUAAUAUGCCAACAACUUCCACUUGGAAAACAUAUCAAGAAGAACAGCUGACAUAUGAACCUGAAAAUCAACAAGUUCAUAAGGAAAUCGUGACCAGAUCCAGAAGUUUGUUUAAUCUACAAGAUGAAUUGGUCGAAAUGCCAUUAAAAACAUCACAAAAAAUAAUAAAAGCAACGUCAGAAAACCAUUUAUUCGAACAGAAUAUUAAACAAAAUGCCAUAGCCAAUCAAACCAAACCUUCGAAAAAGUAUAGCAGUGCUGUAAAUUUAACUCUUGAAAAAAAUAACUCAAAAUCAAACAAAAAUGUAAAAUAUAAAUCUCAAUCCGAUUUAUGUGUGAAUACCGAAGAACCGAAACAACUAGAAAGACCUAAAUCAAUGGAUUUUCUUGGUACAAAAGAAAAUGUAUCACAUACAGAAACACUGAAGAAACAUUUUUAUUAUCAUCCUUUAAAGCCGAAAAAAGAGCUAAACGAUGAUGAACUACCAGAUCCAGAUAAAGUAUUGAGUACUAGACAAUUAUUUCAAAAAGAGUUAAAAAUUCCAUUGCCACCAAGUAUGAACAACCAAAAUCCGAAAACAGGACCAAGGACAACACAAGAGAUACGAGUUAUUCCAGAAACGUACAGGUCAAAACUUAAAAAAUGCGUUUCUGUUGACAUGGGAACAAAUAUACAUAAUAAAUGGACGGACAGUGGAAGCGUAUCGUCUGGAGUUGGAAGUGAAGCAAGCUUCGACACAGAAUCUUCUGAAACUCAUCAUAGAGCUGAUGGAUACAGUAGUGAUGAUGAAGAUUACUUAACAGAAAAAACAACUGUAGAAAUAGUUGGUAGACCGGUAUCGGCCGAAAUCCUAAACAAAAUAAGAAAAUUCGGUACAAGCGUUACUUAUUACGGCGGUAAGGUUAUUUCGAGCAGCAGAGGUGUGGUAUGCAGUCCAAUGACAAUGACUAUUAUGGAUGAAAUUCGAAAUCAAAGAGAAGAAAAUGUAAAACUUCGACUAGUAAAAAGUAAUAGCUGCGGUAGUAGGAUUGAACUAAUGGAAGAACCGAAACGGUGUGAAAAACAAGUGGAAGUCAUACAAGAAGAAGAUGAAGAUGAAGAACGACGAGGCAACUCAAGUCCAAAAAUGACCGAUGAAAAUUCAUCAAAGCUUUCGAAUGCAUCUUCAGAUGAAAUGUCGUGGAAAGCUUUGAUAGUAAUUAGAAAAAAAAUGAGCAAUGUACCUGUAUUUGAUAUGGAAUUUGAAGAAUUUGAAGUAUUAGAGGAAAAAAAUAAUUAAACUCUAUUAUUAAAAUAUAUUUAAAAAUUAUUGUUAUUAUUAAUAUUAUUGUUAUCUAACUUUAUGUAAAACAUAUUAUUUUUGUUGCUAAUAGUAGUUAAAUAAAACUCUUCAUAAUCUAGCGCACAUCGUCACAUUCUAUACAAAAUAAAAAAGUUAAAAUAUUAUAAACAAUGUAUGUGUAUAAUAAAUGGAUAUUUUUGAAAUAUGAACAAAAUUAUUUUAUACUGCACAAUAUUUUAUAGGUACAGUAAAAAUAAAUAUUUAAAAAAAAAAAAUUGUAUUCUCUCUUUUUAUUGUUAUUUUUAUAGUUGACAUAUUUUUUCCUAAAUAAUAUUUUUAUGAGUUUAAAGGCAGAUCUAUAUAUGUAAAUUUAUUACGACUUGUAAUUAGAAAAUAUAUUUUUAAUUUCCAUUAUUAUUUACUACAUUAGUCUUGCCAUUCAAAACGGACAAAAAUCAAUUCAUGACUCCAUUAAUUAAUAUCUCCCGUGUACAAAUAAUAUUACACUCAUACAUUCAACA